AUGGGAAAUGGUUCCAUGAAACCUAAACCAUCAAGAGAGACAGAUGGGCAGCUGGUGAACUACUCUUUCGGUUCCUGCAACAAGAUUAACAACGUUGAUUCUGUGAAAGGCAAAGUAUGGGAACUUGAAAAAGAGUUGAAAAAAAAGAAUGAAGAAUUGAAAAAUAAAGAGCUCAUAUUCCAAGAACUACAGGAGCAAAUAAACAAACAGACCCAAGUGAUUGCAGAUAUCAGUGAGGAGCUUCAAACUAAAUGUGUCCAACUUAGCAAACUGCAAGAUGUUAUAGGUUCUCAAGGUGGAAACUCUUUACAUGUGCCCACAUUUCGAUUGUUGCAAGGAUCACCUACAAAUUCGGUCCAAGUAUCACCAUCCAAAAUUAUGCAGACAUCACCAUUUAAGACAUUGUCUGGCCUUUUCAACAACAGUAAAAGGAAGGGGGCAAAGGAAGGUAUUUCUGCUGAGCCAACUUCUAGGACAUAUGACCAUAUUGGCCAGUCAAGGUUCUCAUUUGAGAAGGCACGUGUUCAAAAAGACUCUGGGUAUGUAAGACAUUUUGUGUUUUGGUUUUUGUGUUUUAAAAAUACAUUUUGCAUUAGGAAUUUCAGAUAUUAUUACAUACAGUGAUAGCAUACACUGAUAGCAUUUUGUGCAAUGUGUAAAUAUGAAUCAAACAAGAUCACAGUGUGCAAUAUGAUAUGACAAUUAAUAGUUCAAAUCAAUUUGCAAAUAUAAAAUUCUCAAAAUGUAAAGGAAAUGGAAAACUAAAACCUUUGAAAAAUAGACAGUUUUCUGGCCCACCUACAUCUCCAUCCUUCUGCCCCUCUUACAAGUGGCAGUCAGCCAGGCAUGCAUUCAAAUCAGGCUGACCUUCCAGUUCUUCAGGCAGACCUGCUCUCUAUCCAGGCAGGUCUGACCCUUUAGGCAGUGCCGGUGACGUGAUCUACAGCAUGACCCAUAUCCUUUUACCUCAACCACUAGCAUCCCACUUCACAGAAUGCAGAUGUUGAAGUCUAUGGAUUUGUUUGAGAGAUGAAAGCAAGAGAUUAGCAUAGGAUAUGAGUAUUCUUAUAAAUACACUCUGAGAGUUUUCCUCCGGUACCACCUCCACUAGAUACAUGACUCUUGGGAGGUAUGGCUAUUUUAGUGUUUUCUGCUAAUAAGAUUCUGUACUUAGGCCCAUCAUAAUUGUCAGCACCGUGCCAAUGGGCUAUUAAUCCGGCCUUGGCCUACUGUGAUGGGAUAAACACUAGUUGGUCUAACCUUAUAUGUGUCUGACUGCUAAGAAUUCUUAAGAAUAUCAACAGUACAUGGGCCCAAAAAAGUUGUAGCCAUGUUAUGCAUGAUUCCUUACACUGCAUGUCCAUAGUUAACUUUUAUUGUACACUGUACAUUGUACAUUGUAAGUUUUUUUUACAUCCUUACAGGACAAGCUAUGUUGAACUAAUUUGCAAAACAUCACAUCAAUCCCUUUGCAUACUUUUUAUAUGACAAUUUUCCUUUUUUUUUUUUUAACAUACAACACAUAUCCAAUAUAAACAAUUUUCCAUUAAUGAGUACUUUCUGCACUCUAUCUUUAAUUCAAUGUUCAAUCUGUUUAGCAACCUUUUAUGUGGAAACUUAUCAAAUACAUUAGCAAAAUCCAAGUAGAUCAUAUCCACUGCAAUACUGUGAUCCAUACAUCUACCAACAUUUUCAUAGAACUCAAUAAGAGUCAUUGUCAGUUGUAGGGUCCUUCCGCAAACUUUGUAAAGACCCUCCAAUAGUGACAUCGCCCUUAGUUGUGCAGUGCCCUGGGGGUGAGGCAGAGGUGAAACCUCAGCAGUCCCUAGCUCCAUAUCUGUUCUUCAGCUGCUGGAGCGUCAUCCUUCAGGAGACCAUGAAUGUACGAGAGUACAACACUGACAUCUGUAGAAUCCUACAGGAUCGCUGGGGCCUCCAUAGAACAAGUCUCACAAUAAGGAAGAUUAUAUCUUAUUCCCAUAGCUUGCACUAGCCUUUUGUCAAGUUGUGUCAAUGUAAUGCUUUAUCAUGAAACAAAGUAGUCACUUUGAUAUCAUACUUUCUUAUGAUUUCUUUUGACCUUGUCAGUGAAACUACAACACAGUUAAUAUGAGCAUUUCAUAAUGAUUUUUUUCUUAAUGAAAUGUUUAUAAAUAUUUAUUUAGUGAUAGAGAAAAUCAGUUUAGUUUGACAUGAUCUGUUCUUCAAAAAUUUGUAGUUUGUAUACCUAAGGGUGUACACACUCAAAGCAUUCUGAUUAUUUGACGCUUUUAUUUUGCACCCAUAGAAGAUGGAGAUUCUAUCUACUCUUAUCGUGCAAAAGUGUUAGAAUCUUGAAAAGGUAGGCUUGUGAAACCAAUCCAGAAACUACUGAUUUUAAAUAAUUUCAUAGUUGCAUCACUUGCUUGCUGAACAGUUUGCAUGUAAUUGCUCUCUUGGAUGAACUGUAAUAUGCCUAAUUAGAUCAAGGAAUAUUACGCUGGUAGGACAAAAGGGAACAGAAUGACUUGAUGGAUUCACAUGAAAGGAUAUCAUAAACAAUAUCUAGUGAGUGAUAACUGGCCUAAACCAGCACUCCUUGUUUAUGUUUUCAUGCAGAAGGUCAGAUUUACAGCUUUGGAUUCAUAAAAACAUUAAUUAUAUUUUCCAACUAUUCACAUAGUUUUAUAAAAGUACUAUCUAUGCUCUUUAAUUUGUUAUAUUACAGGACUCAAAAAUAGUGAGUUUCGACCUUGUGAUUUGGAAUUCAUAGACCUCUCAAUGCAUUUAAGGAUCCCCUGUGCUCUUGUAAAGCAGCAGAAUAGUGUAAGAGUGACUACAUAGAUUAAUUCUACCGCUUUCAGGAGAAGGAUAUACUAAAGGGAUUGGUCUGCUGAAUGCUUACAGAAUAGUGAGGCUUAGAACGUUAAGGUCCGUUAAGGGAGCAUUGCUCCCAGGUAGACUGACAGAUAUAUAGAGGAGAGAGAUUAUCAGUAAGUUCCUCUUUUCUCUAUCUCAUAUAUGUAAAUGUGCAGGGAUACUUAAAAAUAUAAGUAUUAAUCAUAGGUUAAUAAUGUACUAGUUUCCAUACUUUACUAUAUGUCUACAGUUUAAUUCAUACGAUGUGAUUUUCACCAGUGAUGACCAGUUUGUGUGAUGAUUUUAAACUCUAAUCUCACCCUACAGUCAUUUGCAAACACCUCCGGAGACAUCAUAUACUGUAUAGUCUGAUAGCCAGCCUAAGCUUUGAUAAUGCUGUCUCGUUUGGGCCUGAAGAACAUUAAGCAUACCUCUGUAUGUCAUUGGGCCAGGGGCAAUUCUCUGAGAAAUUUUCUUUGCAUGAGGACUGCCUGCAUCUUGCAAAUCCCAAUAAGAAAGCAUUGCUUCAGUUCUUUCCUAUGGAGAACCCCUAAUGUGCGCCGCACUCACCGCGCACGCACAUUAAAUUGAUGUCAAAGUGUUCAAUGGUUUUUAACCCUUUGGAAUCCUAACACUAUUGUCUAUAUACCGGUAUCUGUGAGUUUUGCUAUGGACUAGGCAUGUGCAAAAAUUGGUUUCCAUCGGGUUUGACUGAAUCAAAUUCCUUUUAAUCCUCACCGGAACUAAUUGAUCCAUCUGGGGUUUAUCUGUACAGUCUUACCUAUUUAUAAGAUCAAUUUUCUAUUGUUUUUUUUGCGUCUUCUUUUCUUCAAAUUAACAAAAGACAAUACAUAAUUCAUAAAUAUUUAAACCAAAAGCCUGUAUUGUUAAAUGGUUUUAUUUAGUCAGAUUAAAUCUUGCUAGGUUUAAAUGUGUUAAAAGGGUUUUUGCUUAUAUAAAAAUAAACUCUGCCUUUUGGUGAUCUCCAGAUGGAAUGUUGAAUUACUUAUAUUCCAAUUAGUCACUGCGGUUAUUCAACUGGGGAUUUUCUAGCAGUCUGCACAAAUCACAAAGCAAUUAGUACUGCACUACCUUUUGCUGGAUGGGUUAAAAGGAUUAAUAAUAAUGUUUUAAUUGAUUUUUCUGCUUCCAGGCUUACGAUUUAAUUGGCAAACAGUAUGACUUAUGCCACGGCUUAUAGUAUGUAAAAUAUCUAGGCCACAAAACAAGUCCAAAUGAGUAAGAGAUUCUGUUAUUCCACAGUAGGAUAUGCUUAGAGAUUUGUGCACUAUUGCACUUGUCAUUGAUCCCUGAGGUGUCACAAACAUUGUCUGAUAUACUAUGAUUUAUGCUUGCCCACAAUAUUUAAAAACUGUCACUUAAAAAAAUAUUUUUACACAAAUUAUACUUAAUUUUAACAAAUGAUUUUAACUUAUAAUUAUAUUUUUUAUUUACAUUUUUAUUUUAGGCAAAAAGAUAUAAACGUACUUAAAAAGGAUAAAGAUAUACAUUUUGCCACAGUGUAGCCUAUAAUAAUUUCUACAUGUCCAAUUUAAAAGGAAAAACUACAAUAUCUACUGGAUCCCCUGCAUAGAGCAGAGUCACUCAUUAAGCUUAGUAUUAAAGGAACACUCUCAGCACUAGAACCAUCAUUUCACUGAUUUGGCUUUAGUGCCUGGAGUCCCCUGACGCUGCCCUCCAUUUAGUGUUAAACCAUUUUUGGACAGUUUAACAUGAAUGAGGGACUUUGGCCACUCACAGCCCAGCUCCUACUGGAAGAAUGGCUUGGAUUACAUUUUUUCAUCAAUACUAAUUUAUACCAGCAAUGGGCACUAAAAGCGGCGUGCUGACACUCUCAACCAAUUACUGCCACCCAAAUGGUGACUAGGAAUUUUGCCCUGGUGCCUGUGUGUUUGCAAGUCCAUUCGGUGGAUGCAGAAUCAUUCUUCGGCAUCCGGCUUCGGGAGAAUGCAGGAGGGCGGCAAGGGAGCUGUGCUCUUCCUGCACUGCUCCUUGCAUUGCGUGCCCUGCAGUGAUGCCAGGAAUUUGACAUCACUGUAGCCCUGGCAUCACUAAACACCGUGUGAGGGGGCAGAGCAAGAAGAUCCAGAACUAGGAUCCACUCCAACUCUCCCAAAAGUAGGGAGGCUGGUGGAUUUAAAUUAAUAACAAAUAAUAAUAAUUUGUGAGAGUGUGAAAGAAUAUGUGUGAAUGUGAAUGUCAGUAUCAGUGUGUGUCUAUCUUUCAGUGAUUGUGUGUGUCUGCCUGAGUAUAUGUGUCUGUCAGUGAGUGUGUGUGUAUCUGUCAGUGUGUGUCUGUCAGUGAGUGUGUGUGUGUGUCUGUAAGAGUGUGUACCUGUUUCUGUGUCUGUGUCUUUCUUUGUGUGGGUGUGUCUGUCUGUGUGUCAGUCUCUGUGUUUCUGCCGGUCAGUGAGUGUAUAUGUAUAGGUAACCUCCAAUUGCAUAGGAAAGGUGUUUUUACUCACAUUUUUUCCUACACCAUGAGAUCUUGAUGUUCUCAGCCAAGCCAAUGCUUCUAUUUAGGAAAACUUUGGUAAGCUACUGCAAAAGCACAGCAAAAGACAGGGCUGCACAAAUUAGCAUCUCCUCCUAGAAUUAAUGCAUCUCCAUGGGAAUCGUUCAGUGCCUCCAUGCAGGGCUUGGAGACACUGUGCAGCACUGCACUAUUGGUCAUCUGAGUGACUGUUACUAGAUGUGUUACUAGGCAUCAAUGUAAACAAUUGUCUCUUCUCUGAAAAGGCAGUGUUUACAUUGAAAAGCCCACAGGGACAGAAUAUAAACAUUAGAACCACUACAUUAAGCUGUAGUGGAUCUUGUGAUUAUAGUGUCCAUUUAAUAAUGUAUUUUUGUUGAUUAAAAUAUAGCUUUACUCUUAACAUUUUUAGCUGGCUCCAAGAUUCCAAGCAAAUUUGUCAAGCUCUGUUCUAGGCUCCUAGUGUGGAAUGGCUUCAUGGACUGCAGCAGCAGUUGAGUAUCCUCUUCAUCGUUUAAAGAAUUAGGAAUGUUAGGAAUGAAAACAUGUAUUCCUAACGAUACAGUGUUCUAGUCCCUGCCCCAAAGGCAAUAAAAAAAGUGGUACAUUUUUGUUUUUACUUAGCUUUUUUCCAGAGUUGUCCUCUGCUGCCACCCGCUCCUUUCUUGAUGUCAUCCAGUAGGCUUCACUUCAUUGCCUUCUCAUCCAAUCCAAUGCCUCUCAUAGACAAACAUUGUGGACGAGCUGUGUGUGCAUGGCACCUGUCCAAUUGCUUCUCAUAGGGAAACAUUGAAUUUUCUUAUGUGCAGCAUUUGAUGACAUUCAACAUGGAUAUCGCACAUCACAUCACCAAAUCAAACAUGGUCAUUGUGGGAGAAGUUCCAAUAGUGCCUGUCGGAAGAGAGCCAGUAGAAGUGUAUUUAAUGCUGCAAUUAAAACAUUAGCAAUGUCUUUCAUUGAAGGGCUAAAAUGACAGGGCCAAUGCACGCAAACCACCUUUAAGAGCAAUUUAACCUAGAGUUUACCGGGUGCUGUUUACAUCUGUGGCAGAUUGCCUGGCACCCCAACCGGGUGCCUCCACCUAUCAAUGCUCCUAGUGCUCACCGGGGACUCCAAGCACUCCAAUCAAACACAAUCAGCACCGUAGUCCCCAUUUCCAGUGUUACAGCUUGGCUCGGGUCUUGCCGUCCUCCACCAACCCUGGACCCAAGACCAGGAUCCAGCUUCCAGUUGGCAGACCUCUCCUACUCCCGACAGUAUAGCAGAAACAGCUCUUAUAAGAGCUAGUGAUUAUAGCAAUCCAAAGAACAAUCCCAGGAGCAGCGAUUAUAGCAAGUAUAGCGGUUCCCUCAAUAAUGAGACGAGGCUCUGUGUUGAGGGUAAGCAAGAACUCAUUUAUUGGGAGCCACAAGUCCCCAUGCAAGGGGCACUCCCACCUGGACCUUGCGGGGGACUGCAGCACAAAGUCACAGACCGAUGACAACAGUGUUUAAAUGCAUGACACUCCUAUAUACAAACAUACACCCCCUCCCCUCUGCCUGGGAGAUAAUUGAGUCAGAUACUGUAUUAACUCAAUUAUCUCCAGGCAGAAAAAAAACACAUAUUUUUAUAAAACCCCAAAAGUACCCUUAAAACUCAUGGAAACCUCAUGGAUAUCCCCUGAUAGCCCCGAUCUGGGUGAACAACAUAUCCAAAAAUCACCCAGAUCGGUUCAGGGGUUUGGGAUUUCCAUGGAAGUCUUAGUUUAACCGACCGCACACAAAAUUACUGUCCGAAAAGAGUUCCAGGAAAUAAGACUGUUUGGUUAGUCUACUUUAGGGAUUCGAAGUAGAAUAUAAAAAACCAACAUAUAGGUUCGGGAGUAGACUCAGUUUAUGUCUCUCGUUCGUGAGUUUAUUCCCACCGAACGCUGUUCGAUUCCCAUUCGAAUAGCCGACAUCAGUGGAAGGUAUGUGUUUAGCGGUGUUCACGCCGUCAAGUGUCCGAUUUGAGUUCCAAACAGUGCUUUGAACCGCUUCAAACGUUUGGGAGUUCAAAGUGUUACUCCUUCGAACGUUCAGGAGUUUGAAGUGUUACUGAGUGAAUAACGUAAAUAGGUAGCACACUUCUCAUACGGGUGGUCUGGCUUGAUGGUGCAAGCAUGUGCUUAUUUGCUGAGCACACUCAGCUGAUGCUCUCAGCUAAUGAUCACACAAUGCACAACAGGACUUAGCUUAAUGAAGAUUCUUGCAGGAGAUUCUGGCUCCAUAGGAGGUGGUGCCUAACAUACCCCAGGUACAUGGCUCCCAAAGGUCCCAGUUUUGUCUGGACAGUUCUGAUUUUGGGGACAGCAGGGAACUGUCCCCAACAAUCAUAGUGCAAGCUCAUCAGUAGAUGAAACAGUACUAUCUGCAGGAUCUGCCAUGAAUAGGCUGGCCUUGCAAAAUUGUCAGGAAGCAACAUAUUCACACCAGACUAACCUGCCAGUAAUGUGGGAAGAUCCGCCCAUCACUUUUGAGCAAAGCCAGUGACGUUAAUCUGUGACUGGCUCGCCCCUUUCACCCCCUCCCACCUGUGUCCCAUUUUCUAGACUGCCAAAGUUGGGCGGUAUGCAGGUACGUUUUUGAACCACCUUUAAACAAUUUGACUGCUUACACUGGGAGUCCACCAUGGCACUCCUGGCACCAAAACCACUGCAGUGGUAUGGUGCUUAGACAAAUAAUUUAAAAGGAGGUGAUAGGUGUAAUUUAAGGUGAGAAAAAAAGGGUAGCAAGAGAGGUGAGGACAGACAACAACUCAAAUAGCCUGCCCUGGGUCCCUAUAGGGGCUGUAGUAGGGGGGAAUAGGGACUCGCAUAGGGACUGUAGAAAGGAAAUAGGGGCUGUAGUGGGGUGUGGGGUGUAAAUGGGGGGUUAGGAGUUGUAGUAGGCAAUAAGGGCUGCAAGUGGUGGGUUGCGGUUUGAUUAUAAGGGCUUCCGUUGGAAGGUUAGGGACUGUAGUAGGGAGUAAGGGUCUGUAGUGGGGAGUUAAGGGCUGUAGUGGGGUACAAUGGUUGACAUUUGGAGGAAUUGGGGCAUCUUAUCUUGGGCCAGGGAGAAUGGAGUCCUGAUCCCUGGUGAUCCCAAAUGCCAAAUUCAAUAGGCAAGCCCUAACACAAGGGGCAGAGGAGGAGCCUAACGUAAGGGGCAGGUCUAGUGAAGCACUUCAAGCCGAUGUGCCUCUCUCUACAGAGCGCCUAGGCACUAUACACCCUGUGUACCCACCCAGGAUCGUCUCUGGUAAAGGGGUCCUUGGUGCAAAAAGGAUUUUGCCCCCCUUCUAGGUGGUCCAAAAAGCAGAUCCUCAUCUGUUAUGCUGUGUUAGCUGGGGAUUUACCAUUGCCCAUCCUUACAGACUUGUAUUUGCGAGCAGUGUUUGUGCGUUUGAAUGAAAGUAUGUUUUUAUAUGGAGUAUGUGUCUGUGAAUGCAGGAGUGUAUUUGAAUGACUGUUUCCAUUUGAAUGUGGUGGUGUGUUUGUAUGUAGUGCUGGAAUUUGAAUUUUGGUGUGCAUUUGUGUGUCGUUUUUAGUGUUUGAAUGCUUGGAUAUAUGGACAUAUACAAAUACACAGUCACACACACACACUGACAUUGAUUCAUAUACACAUCAAUAUACAUACACAAACAUACUGACACAGAUACACGUACACACUGACAAACACAGAUACACACAUACUGAUAUAGAUACAUAUUAGCUGCCACACACAUACACACAUAUACUGCCAUAGAUACACAUACACACUGACACACACAGAAAUACAGACAUACUGACACACACACACACUGACAUACAGAGACAUACAGGCACCGAUACACAUACACACACAGACAGAUACACACACUGACACACAGAUACAUAACACAUAUAACAAGGAAGUUAAUCAAGGCUCGAUGCACAGCUGACAUGUAGUAUAUAUUUCGCGUUCAUCUCAUCAGAGCUAGGGAGUAAAGCUGGGUAAGCCCAUGUGCAAUAGGACAUGGAGACGUAAUGUAACCAUGAGGUGACAGGUCAGGACCUAACAGUCUGAGAAAGAGGAAAAUUAUUUAUCUUUGUUCCUUAUCGAUACUUGAGUAAACAUCAACAUUUGCUGUCAAUCUGCAUCAGGCUAGGACUUUAGUGAAUCUUCUUCAAUUAUUGCUUUUAGAAAUAUCACCUAUUUGCCUGCAUCAAAACAAAAUGGCUGCAGAAGUCAUUACUAUAUAUACAAAAGAAUAAAGUCCCUCUAUUCUGUAUUUUUAUUUGACCUCAGAAGAUGCCAGGAGAUAUGCUGACCACAUCUAUUAUUGUUUUAUUCAAUAUAUAUAUAUAUAUAUUUGUUUUUUAUUAAAGUGCAUAUUGUACUUACUGCACAGCUGCAGGAGAGGAAAAGAUUGCAAGUUAAAUCUAAAUAUAUUUUUUGAGGGCAAUGUUAAUAUGUAAAAGGUCAGAUCUAAACAACAGCUGUACACAGUAAGCAGACUAGCUAGCCUACAGGAAUUAUUAGCCCUGUGCUAGAUUUCAACACCUACACAUAUACCUAUGAAUAAUGAUUGUGGUUUCAGCGCCAACUAAUUCCCCACAAUUGCCUAUUUACCAAGUAAGUGCUAAACGUUAUGUGGUAACAUUUUGGGGAUCUUAAUUCAGGAAACUUAACUCCUUUUGAGGUGGGGAAAAAUGAAUAAAUAUUGAAGGCACAGGUGAAAGACUUUGUGUAAAAUUUUUCAUUCAAUUCGUUAUGGUUAUCUGAGAGUUAAGAUAAAGGAAUCACAGAUAAAAGAAAUCUCAAAAAAGUGUUGUAACAGACCGUCUUGACUGUAGGAUUGGUACAUGUCUCACAACCGUGACCUUCCUCUAAAAAGAACAAUAUCACUAACAUUUUCAACCUCCAGCCCAUGCCUCCCAGCACCCCUUUAGAGAGCAACUAAGGCAUGGUGCACCUGAUCGGGAGCUACCCGCAAACCUUGCGGAACUGCCGCAUUCCGGUGAAACUUUGAUGAGGGCGCUCUCGGUCCAAGAACCAUCUAUCAGGGCUCUUUUUGGAGGGGUGACAGAGAAGGUGGUAAGGCAUCUAUUGAUACCAAUGACUUGAGGGAGCUACAUGUACUGACCGAAAGCACCAUCAUUUAAGGUAACUUUAUCUAUCCUAUGGAUCUCAGAGUCAGAUCGGAGGAUGGUCGCGGCUCGUUGAAAACUCUACCUUCCAUACAGUUUGGUCUAGGCACCUCUGAUACGAGCACUUAUUGGACAAAAUGGGCGUUCAGAAGAAAUAUUCUCUGAGAUGGCACUGAUGUGGGGAUGUGGGCAUGGGAACCAUAUGUUUAACUGUUUUUAUUAACCUGGUCCUUGGUAUCCAGACGCUAAUUAAAUUAUCAGUUCAGGCACAGGCCCCAAGGUGCUAGUAUGUCUCCAAUCUAUUGUUCUCCCAGGGUAUCUCCUGUUGAGACACCAGGUAUAAAUGUGUAACUGUGUGACAAUAAAAGCAGUUCUUCUGCACGCUUCACUAAGUGUCGACUAGUGUUUGGGUGAGACAGCUAUAACACAGUGACAAGGAGCUUUAAUCAUUCUGGGGCUAUGAACAGAAGGGAAAGGGAGACCUAGAUGGUGACAACCGAGCUACUCAUGGGUAUACCGCCAUAAGUGUAUUUGUCCACUUAACAUGUUUGCUUCCUUAGCUUCACAUUUAGAAUUUGCUUACAAGAUCAGCCACAAUAUUAAAACUAUCUUGCUAAUUUUGUGUAGGUCUCCCUCGUGCUGCCAAAACUGCUCUGAUGCAUCAAGACAUGGACUCCAUAAGACCUCUGAACAUGUCUUGUGGUAUCUGGCACCAGGACAUUAGCAGCAGAUCCUUUAAAUCCUGCAAGUUGCAAGCUAGGGUCUGCAACUAAAGAAUAGAAAAAUAUAAGAGUAUUGGCAAGAUUUUCUUUCAAAAGUUUUGGUAAAUUAUAAGUAUUUUGUAUCCACAAAGUACCCAUAUGGCACCCUUAAAGGAGCUGCUAAAUAUUUAAAUUAAUGGGCUACAGUGGUCAUCAACAGUAACUCUCUGGUGUCUUAGUAAGAGGAUAUUUUUUUUAGGACAGUCAACAUGGAUUACCUAAGGAAAUAUACAUAGAAACAUAGAAUGUGAGUGUAUACACUUCUUCCAUUUGAUUUUAGAACUUUAGAACACAAUAUCCAAUGUGAUAGUGUACUUAAAUAUACUAAGGGAAAUAUCAUCUUUGAACAUUUGGCUUUAUCCUAUAUAUGUGUAAAAAAUUAGAAGAAUAAUGUUCUCUGGAAGGUAAGGCAAAAAGAAAAAUGUAAUGAUUCUACUAAAAACAUUACAGGGAGUGCAGAAUUAUUAGGCAAGUUGUAUUUUUGAGGAUUAAUUUUAUUAUUGAACAACAACCAUGUUCUCAAUGAACCCAAAAAACUCAUUAAUAUCAAAGCUGAAUAUUUUUGGAAGUAGUUUUUAGUUUGUUUUUAGUUAUAGCUAUGUUAGGGGGAUAUCUGUGUGUGCAGGUGACUAUUACUGUGCAUAAUUAUUAGGCAACUUAACAAAAAACAAAUAUAUACCCAUUUCAAUUAUUUAUUAUUACCAGUGAAACCAAUAUAACAUCUCAACAUUCACAAAUAUACAUUUCUGACAUUCAAAAACAAAACCAAAACAAAUCAGUGACCAAUAUAGCCACCUUUCUUUGCAAGGACACUCAAAAGCCUGCCAUCCAUGGAUUCUGUCAGUGUUUUGAUCUGUUCACCAUCAACAUUGCGUGCAGCAGCAACCACAGCCUCCCAGACACUGUUCAGAGAGGUGUACUGUUUUCCCUCCUUGUAAAUCUCACAUUUGAUGAUGGACCACAGGUUCUCAAUGGGGUUCAGAUCAGGUGAACAAGGAGGCCAUGUCAUUAGAUUUUCUUCUUUUAUACCCUUUCUUGCCAGCCACGCUGUGGAGUACUUGGACGCGUGUGAUGGAGCAUUGUCCUGCAUGAAAAUCAUGUUUUUCUUGAAGGAUGCAGACUUCUUCCAGUACCACUGCUUGAAGAAGGUGUCUUCCAGGAACUGGCAGUAGGACUGGGAGUAGAGCUUGACUCCAUCCUCAACCCGAAAAGGCCCCACAAGCUCAUCUUUGAUGAUACCAGCCCAAACCAGUACUCCACCUCCACCUUGCUGGCGUCUGAGUCGGACUGGAGCUCUCUGCCCUUUACCAAUCCAGCCACGGGCCCAUCCAUCUGGCCCAUCAAGACUCACUCUCAUUUCACCAGUCCAUAAAACCUUAGAAAAAUCAGUCUUGAGAUAUUUCUUGGCCCAGUCUUGACAUUUCAGCUUGUGUGUCCUGUUCAGUGGUGGUCGUCUUUCAGCCUUUCUUACCUUGGCCAUGUCUCUGAGUAUUGCACACCUUGUGCUUUUGGGUACUCCAGUGAUGUUGCAGCUCUGAAAUAUGGCCAAACUGGUGGCAAGUGGCAUCGUGGCAGCUGCACGCUUGACUUUUCUCAGUUCAUGGGCAGUUAUUUUGCGCCUUGGUUUUUCCACACGCUUCUUGCGACCCUGUUGACUAUUUUGAAUGAAACGCUUGAUUGUUCGAUGAUCACGCUUCAGAAGCUUUGCAAUUUUAAGAGUGCUGCAUCCCUCUGCAAGAUAUCUCACUAUUUUUGACUUUUCUGAGCCUGUCAAGUCCUUCUUUUGACCCAUUUUGCCAAAGGAAAGGAAGUUGCCUAAUAAUUAUGCACACCUGAUAUAGGGUGUUGAUGUCAUUAGACCACACCCCUUCUCAUUACAGAUGCACAUCACCUAAUAUGCUUAAUUGGUAGUAGGCUUUCGAGCCUAUACAGCUUGGAGUAAGACAACAUGCAUAAAGAGGAUGAUGUGGUCAAAAUACUCAUUUGCCUAAUAAUUCUGCACUCCCUGUAAUAGACUUAUUAACCUGUGCACUAUUGUUAUAAAUCACCCUUAUGUUCUUGAAUAAAAUUGUUAGUCAUGUUCUGGAAAUUUUUACUGUUAAAACUCUUAAAAUGUUACUGUUUUCAAACUCUUUCACCAUUAAAUAUGAUUGGUAACACUAAUAAUAAAUUAAUAUAGUUACACUUAUUGUGACAAAUGACAUAGUUACAUACUUAUAUAGGCUGAACAAAGACUUGCAUCCACCAAGUACAGCCUUUCUCAGAUCUGUUUUUGCUGUUGAUCCAAAGAUGACAAAACACCCAGUUUGAAGUGCUUCCAAUCAUACAGUAAACUAGGAACAGGUUCCUUUUUGACCCCAGAAUGGCAGUUGGAUCUUUCCUUGGAUCAAGAAACUGUUACCCCACUUAUUAAAAAUCACAUUCCUGAAUAUUAUGUUUUUGCAAUAACUCAUCCAGUUGUUGUUUAACCCCUUAAGGACAAAACUUCUGGAAUAAAAGGGAAUCAUGACAUGUCACACAUGUCAUGUGUCCUUAAGGGGUUAAACAUCUUUACAGAUUCUAACAAUCCCUUCAAGCUGAGAAUUCAACAUCCUUGUAGUUUUGACUGUAAACAACAUUUUUAUUUGCCUCAGACUCAAUGUCCUUUCUUCCAGUUUAAAUAAGUGAAUGUGUGUCCUAUAGCGUCUUUCCCCAAAAAUAAGACCGGGUCUAUGUAGGGGACCACGGGUCACCCAGCCAGUUACCUCAGCUAAUUCCUUCCCUCAGCUACUCUGGAACCAUUAAAAUAAGCAGACAUUCAUUCCCCCAGUAACUGAACAACACACAGCUCUGGGAGUACAACUCAAAUUGACUUUUAAUGCGACAUGGUACAGCCAAGUCAUACACAGAUGCCCAGUGGGGGGUCUCCAUACAAUUAUACACAAACUCCCCCCCUGUGUCUGGGAGAUAAUUGAGUCAGGAACUGUACAAACUCAACUAUCUCCCAGGUAAAAAAAACAUACAAUUUUAAAACACCCCACAAACACAUUUUAAUAUUUCAGAACCCCACGAAAGUAACAUCACCGAAAAGCUGGGAUCUGGGGGAGGUGUCACGGCAAGGGUACAUAAUUCAUUGUUGCACUAUAGAAUAUUGCCAUUUAAUGUAAUUUGUGUACUGGCUGUCUGGUAGAGGUGAUAUUGUCAAUUUCAAAAGAGGUUAAUUAGAUUGUAUGGGAGGGCAAAAGGUUUACAAUCUAAAUUCAUAUUUGAAGUUGGGAUCCCAACAGAGCUAUUCUGUAAGGUGUGAGAAGUCACACAUAAGUGGCCUGAAAGUCUGGCUUCAGUAUAAACUAACCCUCUCGUUUACCAUAUUUAUUGAUUGCAUCUUAGAUAAGGAGUCAUUUUAACCAGCCUUGUGUUCCAAUAUCAUACCCAAAGAGACAUUAAUACCUACCCACAGAUGAAAGGACCACUAUAGUGCCAGGAAAACAUACUCGUUUUCCUGGCACUAUAGUGCCCUGAGGGUUCCCCCACCCUCAGGGUCCCCCUCCCGCCCGGCUCUGGAAAGGGGAAAAGGGGUUAAACUUACCUUUUUCCAGCGCUGGGCGGGGAGCUCUCCUCCUCCGAUCCUCCUCCGUUCCUCCUCCUGGGCUCAAUGCGCACGCGCGGCAAGAGCUGCGUGCGCAUUCAGCCGGUCACAUAGGAAUGCAUUCAUAAUGCUUUCCUAUGGACGCUUGCAUGCUCUCACUGUGAAAAUCACAGUGAGAAGCACGCAAGCGCCUCUAGUGGCUGUCAAUGAGACAGCCACUAGAGGAUUAGGGGGAAGACUUAACCCAUUCAUAAACAUAGCAGUUUCUCUGAAACUGCUAUGUUUAUGAAAAAAUGGGUUAACCCUAUCUGGACCUGGCACCCAGACCACUUCAUUAAGCUGAAGUGGUCUGGGUGCCUAGAGUGGUCCUUUAAUACUCAAGCCUCAUUUGUAUCAUAUUUAGAAUGGGACAAGCACAAUGUUCUAAUCAAGCCUAAACAUGAUGUGUGGAACAAGGGGACCACACAGAUAGGGAGAUCCCCAGCAUGAUGACCAAAACACAAUAAGCAGGCAAGCGAGUGGGCACAUGUAGGCAUGGUACUCAGUGACGGCGUUCCGUCACAGUCUAAUAUUCAUUUUUUGUCUUAUUUCAGGGAAUAAUGGUAGCAAGCAUGUGCCAUAAACCGAAUCUAUGUGCGGGAAUAUUCUACAAACAUAGAUUAGCGAACUAAGGCUUAUUUUCAGGGUAAGGUUUAUAUUACGAACAUCCACCUAAAAUAAGGGAUGUCUUAUUUUCGGGGGGAAAUGGUAGUACUGUUUAUGAAAAGACUUCCAGACAAUAGUUUGUAUUGAGUACAAAUAUAUUUCUUUAAUGCUAUUAUAUCCCCUCUGAGGUGCCAUUUUUCUAAACUAAACAGAUUUAAAUUUGUUAGCUUUUCUUCAAAACAAAAAUCUUCCAUACCUCUUUUUAAUGUUGUAGCCUAUCUCUGUACUUUUCUAGUGCAAUAAUAUAAUUCUUUAGAACAGGUGCCCAAAUUUGUACAAAAUAUUUAAGGUGUGGUCUUACUAUUGAUUUAUAAAGAGGCAGAAUUAUAUUUUCAUCCCAAUAAUUAAUGUCCCUUUUUAUGCAUGACAAUGCCUUACUGGCAUUAGCAACUGCUGAUUGACAUUUUACAUGGUUGCAUAGUUUGUUGUCUAUAACAAUUCCAAAAUUCUUCUCAUGUGUUGCUAUCCUUAAUUCACUACCAAUUGCUUAUGCAUUCUUUACCCCAAAAUGAAUAAUUCUUAACAUUUAUCUACAUUUCUAAAUUCCAUCUGCCAUUUUAGUGCUGAGUACUCCAAUCUAUCUAAAUCCCUCUGCAGCAAAGUAAUAUUCUGCUCACAUUGUAUUACUUUACCUAAUUUUGUGUUAUCUGCUAACACUAAUACAUGAUUUUCAAUCCCUGUUUCAAGAUCAUUUUAUAAAUAUCUUGUGUAGAAGUGGUCCCAGAGCAGACCUCUAAGGGACACCACUGUUGUCCAUAUUGGAAAUGUACCAUUAAUGACAACUCUCUGUACUCUAGUUUUAAGGCAAUGUUAUACCCAAGAACAAGAAUUUUCAUCUAGACAAAUUUAUUUUAGUUUUAAAACUGAUCUUUUGCAAUACACUGAUCUAUACUUCUACUUACUUCUAAUGUAUUUAAGCUAGUUUAAUAAAAUUAUGCAUUUUUUUUUGCAAAUUACAUUGUUCUUCCCAAUGAAUUCCCAAAUAUUAUCACUUAGUAACCCAUCAAAUACUUUUCAAACCAAAUCAAAAGGUCAACAUUGUUUGUUAUAAAUAGAACCAGACAGGCAUCCUUUCUAGUUGGUGCUUUUACCAAUUGCGAUUUAAAAUAUGUUAUUUAAAGGAACACUAUAGUCACCUAAAUUACUUUAGCUAAAUGAAGCAGUUUUAGUGUAUAGAUAAUUCCCCUGCAAUUUCACUGCUCAAUUCUCUGUCAUUUAGGAGUUAAAUCACUUUGUUUCUGUUUAUGUAGCCCUAGCCACACCUCCCCUGGCUAUGAUUGACAGAGCCUGCAUGAAAAAAAAACUGGUUUCACUUUCAAACAGUUGUUAUUUACCUUAAAUAAUUGUAUCUCAAUCUCUAAAUUGAACUUUAAUCACAUACAGGAGGCUCUUGCAGGGUCUAGCAACCUAUUAACAUAGCAGGGGAUAAGAAAAUCUUAAUUAAACAGAACUUGCAAUUUUACAGGAAGUGUUUAUGGAAUGCUGUGCAACUCACAUGCAGGGAGGUGUGACUAGGGUUCAUAAACAAAGGGAUUUAACUCCUAAAUGGCAGAGGAUUGAGCAGUGAGGCUGCAGGGGCAUGUUCUAUACACCAAAACCGCUUCAUUAAGCUAAAGUUGUUCAGGUGACUAUAGUGUCCCUUUAACAGGUCAAAAAUUCUGAUUCUCCUAGUUCAGGGGUUUUAAAACCUGUGAGGUGCAAAGGUGUUAGAGGGAAGGCAUGACAUUCCUCAUGAACAUUUUUAUAAUUGCUUUUUUUAGAACCUAGUUUAGAAAUAUUUGAUUUGCCAUUUCUGGAUUAAAAAAAAUGUCAGAGGCAUUCAGAUAAUGAAAAAUCAUACUAUCGAAAGGUAAAAUGAAGACUGCUGUUAUCGUGUUUGAUAAAAUGAAGAAUAACUGUACAUUUAGUGUAAUCUUGUACCAAACACCCGGGCUGGAAAUGACUCGCACAACACUUGUUUACAACAACCACAAAGACAGUAGAAAAGCAAUAACACAAUAACUCCGCACUCGGCGACCGUUAUUGUUAGAAUGCAACAAUGGAUUUUUCCAAGAGCGUUUUAUAUUAAUUAUUACCAGCUUAGUUAAUGAUUUGUCUUUCCUCUUCAAUGCUAGAAGUGGUUCCAUUAUUAACUCUGCUGCUAGAAGAGUAUGUAUUACAAUUCUGUAUCCUAAGAGAAAAUGUCAACAACAAAAAAAAAGGAAGUACCGUAACGAUAAUGUUAAAUAUGGGUUUGCAUGCCACCUUGGCCAUGAUGGAAUUGAAAAAAUGGCAAUGUUUUUUAUGCACAAUAUUUAAUAAUAUAUUAAGAGAAUAAAAACUUGUAUGCGCAAAAAUCUAUAAUAUAUUAUAGGAACAAAAAUGUCCCUUUCAAGUAUGUAAUUUAUCCAUUAUGAAUUGCUUUUAGAAAGGAGGGGAGUUGUUAAUUUUAAGUUAAUUGUCAGGGCAGGCAUGAUACUAGAAAAGUUAGGAACCCCUGUCCUAGAUGAACUACUAGUUCCUCUAUCCAAAUUUAUGUCUGGGUAUUUAAAAUCUCCAAAAACUACAUUGUUACCCAUAUGUGUAGCUUUCACAAUUUGCUGGAACCGCUGUUCUUCCUCAUCAAUAUUAACUAUAGGUGCUUUAAAACAUAUCCCAACCAAUAACUGGCAAAUUUCUACCCAUAAAGAUUGCACAUUUUCCUUGUCACAUUCUACUUGCUUAAUAUUUGGCUCUAACAUAUGACUGACAUACCCCUCCACUUUUCCUAUUUUUUUCUAUCCUUCGUAAAUAAUGUGUAACCAUUCAAGUUAACUGCCAAUGUCAUGUGUCUCAUCCCACCAUGUUUUCGUUAUGCCUAUUGUGUCGUAUUGCUUAGUGUAUUCUAUUGCCUGUUACUGUAUGUAACUGUUGUAUUGCCGAGAGAUUUAUGAUGCCCUGACCUGUGGUUGAUUUGUUAAUGUUUCACCUUCAUUUGUUUUAAUUACGUAUACCCUGUCAUAAGUAUGUUAUAUGACAUUACCUUACAAUCAAAAUCCUCAUUAAAAAUGUUUUUUUUUUUUUUUUUAUUGCAAGUGAGAAAAAGUUAAUAACAAAUGCCUUAAACAAGAACCAAUUUUUAAAGAGACUUGACCCUCAUCAAAUUCGGGAUAUGGUUGAAUGCAUGUAUGAAAGAACGUAUUCGCAAGGAGACUAUAUUAUCAAGCAAGGAGAACCAGGGAGUCGUAUUUUCGUAUUAGCUGGUAUGUAUUUUGAUUUUCCUGUGUCCCCUGUACUUAACCUGGACAGAAUUUGUCCUUGAAAAUGCUUAUAGAGUAGGAAAUGUUUAGCACUGACUGAAACCAGUCAAGGAGAUAAAUAGAGCGGAUGAUGCAGUAAGACGUUCUAACUCUUCUCAAAGUAUACUUAAAAAAAUAAAAAAUACCACUGCUAAAAAGGAAGCCGGGACCAGGUCCACACAAAUAAAGCUCUGUCUCUACACAAACCAAGCAGUAAGGCAAAAGUUAUUCCUGGACCCCAAGGAGACCACACUUGGUAUUCCAAUACAUUUAAGAGCUAGUAUUUCACUAGGUUACCUGCAUUAGAUAUGCAAAGCCUAACCUCAGUAAACAUUUUGUGGCUCUGACGUUAGUGGGCCAUUUCAAACAUGCACCUUGUACUUUUUUUUAGGCUUUGGAAAAAAAAUGACAGUAUACUUAAGUCAGGUACAAUAAUAUAUAUCAAUGUUAAAAUAUCAUUGCAUGUCUAGUGUAAAAAUGCAUUUUGCUAACAAAAUGCAGCAUAUUUAGUAGGAAUCUAUCAGCAAAAUAUUAUUAUUACUCAAUUUAAUUUAAUGCACAACUUAGUGUAGCAUUAAAUUUCACAUCUGUGCCAGUUUGAAUACAUUUAAUGUUGGUUAAAUACUUGGAAAAAAGUCCAGCAUAUGGGGUCAUGGCUUUUUUUUUUUAACUUCGUGAACUUGAUUUGGUAACAUGCCCACAUGUUUGUUUUUAAUGUAUCCCGCUUAGAUUUACAAGUACAAAUAUAAGAGUAGUACAUUUAACUUUAUGUAGCAGGGACAGGUCUAUUAAUUACAGUGCUGCUUGUGUUAAAGGAUCACUAUAGUGUCAGGAAAACAAACCUGUUUUCCUGACACAAUGUCAUCCUUGGGGGACCCUCACCCUCAGGGUCCCCCUCCCGUGGCAACUUACCUUAAUCCUGCGCCGGGCUCCCUCGGCGCUGGUGACCUCUCUUCCCCCGCCGACGUCAGCUCCCGAGUGGAGCGGAAUGCACGCGCAUUCUAACAGUCCAUAGGAAAGCAUUUCUCAAUGCUUUCCUAUGGACCUUCUGCUCACUGAAUGUGAAUUUCAGGAAGUGAUUCAGUGAUUAGUGAUUCAGAGAAAAGGCAGUGUUUACAUUACUACCUAGGAAUACCUCUAGUGGCAGUCACUCAGAUGGCCACUAGAGGUGCUUUCUAUGUCAGUGUUGCACUGUGUGCAGCACUGACACUCAGGGUCUCCAUGCUUUGCAUGGAGUUGCCAAACGCUCCCCAUAGAUAUGCAUUGAUUCACUGCAUCUCUAAAAGGAGAUGCUUAUUGGCUAAGGAAGCGUUUGGCCUUGCCCUUGCCUGCCUCCUUGGCUGAGAACAUCAAAAUUGACAAUCUCAGUCAAUCCAGUGCUUUUCUAUGUGGAAAAAAGGUAAGUUUUCUCAUUAUUUAAGAGGGAAAAGGGGAGGGGGGGGGGGUUGCAUGGACCCUUCAUGUGUUUUUAAUACUAUAGGGUCAGGAAUACACGUGUUCAUGAUCAUUUUAGUGUUCUUUUAAUAUCCUUAUAUGUAUACCUAACACAACAUUAAGUAUGAAUACAAUGUCAAAUAUUGAGCAUGUUUUAUAAUUGUUAAGUGCCUCAUAUGUAUACUAGUUCUUGGUAGUUGAUGCUAAGCUCAUACCAACCCUAUUAAUUCUAAAUCUAGACCAAUUCUUACACUAACUCUAACCCUACACCUAUCCUAACAUUACCACAUUGAGGAGUUUAGUAACCUACCAGUAUACCUAAUCCGGCAUUAUUAACUCUUACCUUAUGCUAUUCCUAACCCUACCCUUAAACCAACCCAAUCCUAUUACAUGCAUUAAUGUUGCACUAGUGCCAAGAGUCUCCCUUUAAUGCGUAAACAGUUGAAUUGGAGUUGUUGGAAACAAAUUCCAAUUAACACAAAUUUUAGAUGGUUAUCUUGACCAUAUGCUAUUUAAAAAUACCCCCCAUGCCAACUCUCCAGAAAAAUCCUUCCCUUGGUUGUUACUGGGCUUCCAAUAUACCAUCUUAAUCUGAGGAUGGUGGUUCAUCUUGACCAAACAUUAACGGAUACAGAUAGAGAUACAGAUUCCCACAUCUGACCCUUUAUAAAUAAAUCCCUUUAUAAAAUAUAAUUCCAGCUUGAAAGGAACACCAUAGUGUCAUGAAUAUAAACAUGUAUUCCUGACACUAUAGGUGUAAAACCCCAUUUAGUUUACAUACUGUUUUCCAACGAUGCACAGGUCUAGCUGCAACUGGCUCCGCCUCCUUGGCUGAGAUCACCAGUUCAAUAGGAAAACAUUGGGAGACUAAUGCGUAUGCAUGGCAAAAUGCAGUGAGGCGCCAAUUAGCAUCUCCUCAUAGAGAUGCAUUGAAUAAAUACAUCUCAAUGAGAAACAUUCAGCUCCUCCAUGCAAGUAAAAACAAAAAUGACUAAAUUACAAAACUUACAAAACAAAAUUACUUGCGCUCUAUCUCAUCCCUCAUGAGUGAGUCCUACAUUCACAGUUCACCUUGAUGCUUUCAGCUAAAAGGCAAAAAAGGGUAUUUUUAUGAACCCCAAUACACUAAUUUACCCUAUUUACACAUGUGUUUUAACCCCUUAAGGACCCAACUUCUGGAAUAAAAGGGAAUCAUGACAUGUCACAUAAUGGGCUACAUUUUAAGUUGAAUUCACAAUAUAAUAUAUAUAUAUAUAUAUAUAUAUAUAUAUAUAUAUAUAUUUCAUUAACACACAAUAUUUUAUAUAUGCUACAGUGUUUUUAGAUUGUUUAGUUUAGUAUAUUACAUACUAAUGUCAGUUUUACUGCUGUGGAUUGCUUAAAUGAUAUUUACGCAUGUCUACCAGAGGGACACUUUAAAUGUAUUUUUAAAUGGAAAUAUAUAAGGGACAUUUGUUUCCUUUCUCAUUCUGAUGCCUAUUGUUAUGUAGCAAUUCUUCAGAAGUGUUGAAUUAAUUGACACAAUCUUCUCACAUACGCAUUUAUUGACAUUAACAGAGGGCAAAACAGAGGUUUUCCAGCAAAACACACUUUUGACUUCCAUUCCUGGCUGGACAACGUUUGGGGAACUUGCAAUAUUGUAUAACUGUACAAGAACAGCCUCAGUAAAAGGUAAGGCUCACUUCUGGACUGCUGAUUAUGUUCCUACAAAAACUCAAAUUUUUGACUCUCAGGUUAUUCACUAAAGUUAGAAUACAAAGUGAAUUUCAAAUUUAAUGUCAAAAUAGCUAAACUGGAAAAUUUCAUUUCAGCUAUUUUGGCCUUAAAUGUGACAUUUUCUAUGAAUUGACUUUUAAUUCUCACUUUAGUAAAUAGGCCUUUAAUCGUAAGGUAAAGGUGAAUUUAUACUUGUACUAUUUGUUAUAAGGCUUAUGAUGAAAUAACAACAGCUAAGUAUAUCAUUUACAAAAAUAUUAUAUGAUAAAAAAACCUCCUAAUUUUGCACCUCCCAGAGCCAUCCUUUCAUAGGUAUAUGACUUCAAAUUGUAAAAUUGUGUUCAAAUUAUAGUUUAUAAUGCUGUAAAUUAUCCUGAGUGAAGGUUAAUUUACACCAUUAUGAUUCAUUACUUUUUUAUUACAUCUGGUAUUUGUCAGUUUAUCUGUACAGAUCUAAAAGUAAUUAUUCUAGUUAAUUUAGUAGCUGUUUACAGAAUCCUAUAGGAACCAAAUAGGCGCUGGUUUGCCAAAACUAUGGAAAGUCACACCAACAAGGAGAGAGUUAAUCAAAACUUGUGUAAAACGUUCAGCUUGCUGUAAUAUUGCAGUCAUGGUAUUGCUGUGUUGUGUUGCAAUAUAGAAAACUAUUCUCCACCUCCCAUAAAAUUAAUCUUUAUCUCCUUCCUUCUGACUCUCUUAUCAAAUACCUUGCUGUCAUUGAAUAGUAUUUCAUUGAUAAGGACACACUUUGUAUAAUGUGACAUUUAUUUUUUUAAGUAUUUAAUAAUAAAUGCAGAAGCAAAUAUAAUAGACUAAACAUGAUAUGAUAAAAUGUGAUAUUUGCCACUUAUGGUAUUGAAUCUCACCUUGUAUUUGGAUUUCAGUGUAAUUUUGUUGUUUUAAGUCAUUUGGGGUAUGGUUUGUAUUGGCAUUUUCGAGUGUAUGGCUUUAAACAGAAUGGUGAUAUAAAACUUUUACCAUAGCAAUUGUGAAUUGAACAUGGAAAUAUUAUGAGGCUCCUGGGGGGGGGGGGGUGUACAUUUAAAGAUUAAGCCAUUGAUCUACCUCCAUAAGAAAAGCAGGGCCUUGAUAUAUCACUGAACCUAUGAAUGUUUGGGCUUAGUUUGUUUAAUUUAGUCAGGUUAAAAAGUGAACCUGCAUAGUGCAAUAUCAAGCUGAGGUGGAAGGAAUGCAGAGAUUGGGAAAGCAAGAGAACACACAAAGACAAGGGUACUAGAUAACAUAAUAUACAUAGAAAAGCUAGGUAAGUAUACCAAGGUAAUUCUAGUAAUAGGAAAAUACAGUUAUACACUUCUGGCUUAUAAGAUAAACCUCAACAGUGCCAAGGAAGUGUACCUGAUCUAAAAAAGGACUAACUGACCUGCACCAUUUCUGCGCAUCAAAACCAUACGUGUUUAUUGUCACUUGAAUAAAGCAUCUAGAUGUGUGCUUGUAAAUAACUCCUGCCAGGUGACCUAUUGAAGGCCAUAUAGGGAUGGUGUCCAUUAACAGUCAGAACACAAGGAGAACGGCCUAAGCAAGCAACAGAUGAUAUGAAAUUAGGGCAUUAUGGGCUAAAUUUCAUUUUGCAUGGUCUUAGAAUGCAGUACAAAACUUAUACAUACACAUGACAGAAAGGAAGUGAUGCUAGUAAAAUUUGAGUUUUGCACCUUUAAAACAUUUAAAAACAACACUAAAAUCAUUAUAACUUAAAGGACCACUCUAGGCACCCAGACCACUUCAGCUUAAUGAAGUGGUCUGGGUGCCAGGUCCAGCUAGGGUUAACCCAUUUUUUUUAUAAACAUAGCAGUUUCAGAGAAACUGCUAUGUUUAUGAAUGGGUUAAGCCUUCUCCCAAAGCCUCUAGCGGCGUUCUCAUUGACAGCCACUAGAGGUGCUUGCGUGAUUCUCACUGUGAAAAUCACAGUGAGAGCAUGCAAGCGUCCAUAGGAAAGCAUUGAUAAUUCUUUCCUAUGCGACCGGCUGAAUGCGCGCGCAGCUCUUGCCGCACGUGCGCAUUCAGCCGACGGGGAGGAACGGAGGAGGAUCAGAGGCAGAGAGCUCCCCGCCCAGCGCUGGAAAAAGGUAAGUUUUACCCCUUUUCCCCUUUCCAGAGCAGGGUGGGAGGGGGUCCCUGAGGGUGGGGGCACCCUCAGGGCACUAUAGUGCCAGUAAAACGAGUAUGUUUUCCUGGCACUAUAGUGGUCCUUUAAUCAACUUUUUAUUUCUUUAUUUCUUUAUUAAUACAAAAUGUCCCCUAUAUUUAUUUACUCAUAUUCUCAUUUAUCAUAUGUUCUAUAAGCAAUCAGCAAUGUAAGGACAUGGGCUCUGGACAGAGAGGUUUUCCAGAAUAUUAUGAGAAAGACUGCACAAACGAGACAUGAAGAACACAGAAAUUUCCUGAGAAGGUAAGUAUGGUUAGACAGCAUCUUUGUGUGUUGUUGUUAACUCUUUUUCUCUGUCUGUAAAACAUUUAAAAUGGAGGCAAACACCCAACAACUGAGGCUCACACCCAAGACGGGUCUCUUUCUGUUAAUACCUAGCCAUGUCCCUCUCCCAGGUAGGCAUCUGUUAGUGAUAAUGAUCCUGGCUGCUCAUAACCUGAUUGCUAGCCAUUGGAAACAGACGGUGUGCCCAUCCCCAAUACUAUUGAGUCAUAAGAUACGGCUAUACCUUAGGUAUGAGAUGCUGACUGCGAAUACACCCAAACAAAUAGCUAUUUCUCGCCAUGGCUGGCAACAAUGGCUCAGCCAUGCACCAAAUAAAGGGAACCACCCUCCGUAGUUACCCUCUCUCAGUCAUCGUAGAUAUUGGGGAUAUAGCAUGAUGCACUGUGACUCAACUUCCCCCAGAUCCGAGUAAAUAGGCUUGGUGUAAGGUUUUUGAAAUAUACCACCCAUGUGUAUGAUAUAGAGCUUCGAAAAUGAGAUGAUCAGGUCUACUAUGCCAACCACCACAAGCUAUAUUGUAUUAGAUACCAUGUAACCUAUGCGACUGUAUACUGAAAUGUUUCAUCUGUAUAUGUUCCCCCGUCUUCCCUUUUUCUUUUCUGUACCCUAUAUUUCAUGAAAACUCUUUCAAUAAAAUACGAAUAGGAAAAAAAAAUGGAGGCAAACACAAUUUUUAUUUUAUGAAAAUAUACAGUAUAGUUAUCAAAUAUUUUUUCAUUAUUUCCAGAGGUCUUACGGGCUUAUUUAUGAGGAACACAAUAUGCAUAUAUACUUUGUUUCCAAUUAUAUUUGAUACAAUAAAUUCCUUCUUCUCCCCCCAUCAGUAUGUCAUGAGCAAAUUAAACUGAUCUUUCUUUCUUGUAUUUCAAAAGUGUGUCCUUAUUGAAAAGGCUCCCAGAAGAUAAAUUGAUGAAAAUAGCUGACUGCCUGGAAGUGGUAAGAUAUUAAAUACGUUUCUAUAAAAGGUUGUAAAAAGGUGAUCUUUUUAUGUAGAUUAUCAUAUUUGUUGUAUGCAUUCUUGGCUUUCCCAAAUAAUUUUAAACUUGAGGGCUUUAGAGAGGUCAAAUUCAUCCAAACAUUUUAAGACCCCAGUAUGGUAUAUAUAUAUAUUUAAAGUGUGUGUGUGUGUCCAUUUAUUAUAUUUGUAUCCCCCACCACUAAUAGAUGGCAACACAAUAGUAUUUUCCUCUACUCUAAAAUAAAUCUUCCCCUUUAUUCUGCCCAGGCUCUGUUGUGCCUGCUAUAUAAAUCUCAGUUGGAGAGCCAGCUUCUGCAUAUAAACAUCACAAAUUGUGAAAUUGUGUACCUUUCAGAUCUGGUAGUGAACAUGCAUACAUUUUUCAGGUUACAAUUGUGAUGCUGAAAGACCUGAUGGGUUUUAGAAUUAUGAGUUUUCCUUAUUAAAUCCCAACUGUUCCCAUUUUAGUGAAUAAAACCAAAUGGUUUGUAUGCUCUCUGUAUUCUAUUUGGUUGGGUUUGAACUGAUAUGAGCAAUGAAUAUAUAGUUUGAGAUCUUCAAAAAGAACCGUUGGGGGUCAAACCAUUGAUUAAUGUUCUGUAAAACUGUUUUUGUUACGUUAAAGCAAGGUGUGUUAUCUCCUUAAAGUGUUGUAUUGAGGCAAAGUGCUGAGAUCUGGGAUUGUGUGUUAGACCAACUAAUCAAUAAAAGGAAUCGUUGACUAUUUUCAUUAUGGAUUAAUAUUAAUUUUAUCAAUUAGUUGUUGUGGCUCUGUGCUCUAUCUUAAAGGGACACUGUAGUCACCAAAACAACUUUAGCUUAUGGAAGCAGUUUUAGUGUAUAGAUCAUGAUCCUGCAAUCUGACCGCUCAAAUCUCCGCAAUUUAGAAGUUAAAUCACUUUUGUUUCUGUCAUGCAGCCCUAGUCACACCUCCCCUGGCUUUGACUCACACACCAUGCAUAAAAAAAAAAAUGGUUUCACUUUCAAUUAGAUGUAACUUACUUUAAAAGUUCUUAGUGCCUGCUCUCUAAAGUGAACUUUAAUCAUGCACAGAAUUCUUGCUAGCUAUAAACAGUGCAGGGGAUAAUACAUUUUAAAUUAAAUAGAAGUUGCAAUGAAGGAAGUGUAAACAUUAGCUGACUCUUUACAGGAAGUGUUUAGGAAGGCUUUACAAUUUCCAUGCAGGGAGGUGUGACUAGGGUGCAAUAAAGGGAUUUAACUCCUAAAUGCCAGAGAAUUGAGCAGUGACACUGCUGGGAAAUGACCUAUACACCAAAACUGCUUUAAUAAGCUAAAGUUGUUUUGGUGACUAUAGUGUCCCUUUAAAGGAUCACUAUAGUGUCAGGAAAACAAAGCGGUUUUCCUGACACUAUAGUGCCCUGAGGGUGCCCCCACCGUCAGGAUCCCCCUCCCGUGGCUCUGAAGGGGUUAAAAUUCUAAUCCUUUUCCAAACUAUAUAAAUAUAUUUUUCUAUAUAUCUAUAUAUUUUUCUAUAUAUCUAUAUAUGGUUCUAAAUCUAUCUUUUUUGUGUAUCCCUAUCUAUCCUAAAUUAAUGGCAUUAAAAAUAUAUAUUUAUAGCCAGCCCAUAUUUGCACAUUUUGCAAGAAUAAUUAAGAACAAUCCAAAGCAUGCUAUGGUAAUGUGCUGUGUCUUUCCUUUUAUAAAGAAGGUGAAAAAUGUCCAAUUUUAUCAAAGUACAAUAUAGCUCAUUAAGCAGGGCUUUCUGUAUACCUUAAACAAAGUGUAAAAAUAAGAGGGACUAGUUAGAUUGUUUUUUGGGGGGCAGAAAUACCAUAUAGAAGUUAAACACUUCAAAUACAUGCGGUGGAGUUGCACAUUUUCUUUCUGAAAGAUUUAACAGAAAGAAACUAUUUUCAAGGUGUUGACUUUAUGUCAGUCCUGUGUUCCUUAUGUAAUUUAAAAAGAAAAGCUACCUUCCACUGACAAGUAGUCAAAGACCACUUUGCACUUAUGUGUAAAUUACACCAGCGAUGUAUCAAUGAGUAUUUCAUGCGAAUUCCCCAGUGACGGUUAUUAAUUCCAUACCAUGAAGAUACAGUGUUUGCUUUCCCAUUUCCCAGGGUUUUGAUGAUGAAAUCAUUCUGAACAGGUCUUCUUGGAUCUGAUCCCUCAAGAGGGAUGACCACGUAACGUAAUACUGACACAGAUGUUACGAAUUAAUAAUUCAGCGCAAUUUCACUGAAGAGCACAAUCAUUUUUCUUUAAAUGUAGAAAAUGUGUUUCUAAUAGAGUUUUUGCAGAGCAGACGUAAUGAAAACAGGAGAGUUUCAAUCUGGUCCCAUAUAUUAAAUCUAGAUCAGUCAUGGUUGUGCUUGUGAACUGUGCAGCUCAUGAUCCUCAGCCAGCCUUAAAGAGAAUUCCAUUCUGGUCCCUGAUGUUAAAUCUAGAUCACUGGGGGCUAAACUGGACUUUCUAGAUCAGUGAAUCCCAUUCUUGUUUGGACCAAGGAACACACACAUAUAUAUAUAUAUAUAUAUAUAUAUAUAUAUAUGUAUAUAUAUAUAUAUAUAUAUAUAUAUUUAUUUAUUUAUUUUUUCUGUAAUACUUGCAUAAAACACAAUGGAAGUUGGAUAUAUGAAAAAAAUACUUGCUUCAUUUUUCCUUCAAAACUAACAACUGGCAAUACAGUAUCUCACAAACACCCCUCACAUUUUUGUAAAUAUUUUAUUAUAUCUUUUCAUGUGACAAAACUGAAGAAAUUACACUCUGCUACAAUGUAAAGUAGUAAGUGUACAACCAGUAUAACAAUGUGAAUUUGCUGCCCUCUCAAAAUAACUCAAAACACAGCCAUUAAUGUCUAAACCGUUGGCUGAGGCGCGGCUUCGACGAGCAGGGGUUAAUGAGCAUGUGCGGCAAGUGCUGUGUGCGCAUUAGGCCUCCCUAUGGAAAAGCAUUGGAUCACAAAGCUGGGGAAAUAGCUGACACUGGAUGUCCUCAUGCAGAGUGUGAGCAUGUCCACCAUCAGUUAGCGGACCAAAAGUCUGUUAACAUCCAUGGAAGCGCCUCCACGAAGCGUGUCUGGUAGACAGCCACUGAAGGCACACUUAGUGCUGCAAUGUAAACAUUGCAGUUCUCUGGAACUACAGUGUUUUUAUUACAGCACUAAGUGCAAUAGGGACACUGUACCCAGACCACUUCAAUGUCACUUUGGCGAUUAUGGAACUUGCUAAAUUGCUAAGGAAGAAUUAUCUAUUAAUUGUGCUUUUUAAGAAUAUAAAACCAUAUUUUUUGUUUUAUUUGUAUUUAUUUGAAAUGCAGUGAUGUUAUAAAGUAGAUUGGCAUGCUAUGUAAGUUAAUGAGGUCACAAGACGCCAUAAGAAUGCUAUAUAGCACCGUGGAAAGUGGAACUGUUGUGUACGUAUUUCACCUGUGCAAUUCACCCCUAUAACCUUUUCUGCUGGCGAUAGUUCCAUUUUAAGUAAUAGCACAAAACAGCUGUGUUUAUAGAUCCUUCAUUUAACUAAAAUAAUCCAGAUAUAAAUAUGUGUAUGUGUUUUUGUGUGUAAACACAAAUAUUAGUCACUUACAGCAGGUUAAUCUUAAUUUGCUUGUGGUGUACCACUUGUAGCUUAGCUGUACCCAACCUUGUUUACAUUUAGGUUAAAAAUAAUCUAUUAGAGGAGGUUUAGUGUAACAUCUGCAGCAGCUUACUGUGGAACAAGGGCAUUGAAUAAAGACUAAUACUUUGAGACUUCACUGUAUUCUAAAACUAGAAACCAAAUGUAUGUACUCGACGAAGUGUUAUAGCCAAUCAACUGUAAAAAUGUUUGUGGGUCAAAGGUCACGUUAAGUGUCUAACAAAAUGUUUACUUUUUGUAAUAAGUAAUAAGUAUGUCCUUUGGUAUAGACCUUUAAAAUGGUCCUCUUGUGACCCCACUUUUUGUCUUCAACAUAUUAUCACAAAACAGUAUAAAUACAUUCGUGUAAUUUCAUUUGUUUAUUUGUACUGAUCUCUGAAGAUUCACAAACUUUAUUCAUUCAGUCAAAUGUUACAAUGCUAUGUAACUAAAUUAUCUAUUACCUUAUUCAAUUAUUUUAUUUAUGUAUGUAUUUAUUGAGUAAUGCAGCUGGACAUAAUAAAAGCAUUGUUAAUCUCAUGGAAGUUAGGUUUCUCUCCUUUCCUAAUGAUAUUUACUUAUAAGAGGCAACGAACAACAAUAUUUAUUUUAUUUAAAUCUCUUUUGAAUUUUUAAGGAAUAAAGGAGGUUUUAUGCGCAUUUUUAUUUUCAUUUUAUUUUUUUCUGUUUUUUGUGUUGUUUUUUUUCCUAUCACUGGAGCACUUUGUGAUUAGAUUAGUGACCUAACCAUGGCCAGUUUACUCGUUGGAUGGAGUUUGGAUCAUGUGAGUUCGGUUCCAUUAAUCAUAUUAUUUUAGGAUUGGACUUAGACCUAGGUGAUUGGCAAACAACACAACUUUAAUGGUGGUCUAGGAAAUUCCCAUCGAUAGUGUCCCUUUAACUAUGAAAUGCCAGAGAUAUAUAUCAUUGCUGUCAGAGGUGUAACUCCACCACCGACAUGUCGUUAAGGUACCAUUGGUCAGAUGAGAACAAGAGUUCCAUGGUGGCAAAUGUCAGUUUUGUGUAUUUUGGAGAUCUCUCACUCUUUAGCAAGGAGGAGUGACAAGAGAAUUUGGUCACGGUGCAGAAUUUGGCUAUCACAGAAUAGUAUGGAUUAAUCAGGGAAAAAAAAACAUUAUCUUAAUCAAACAGUGUUCUUUGGUUAGAGUAACCCUUUAAAAUGCUAACUCAUUUAGUUCACAUUGUGGCCAUGUUCCCUAGAAAUAUCUAAAGUGUACCAAGUCGAAAUAAAUUCCCAUCCUUAUCUGAUUUAAAUUUAAUCCCUGAAAUAAAUUCUGAUGGCAGAUCAAAGACAUCUUGCCACAUGCUCUCCAGUAUUUUCAAUGUCCAGAACAAAUGCCAAUACGUGUCAGACUGAUUUCUGAUUCUAAGAAAUUGUGUCUUUUAUUUGUGCAGGAAUAUUAUGAAAAGGGAGAUUAUAUCAUCCGCCAAGGAGAGGAAGGGAGCACAUUUUUUAUCAUUGCUAAGGGCAAGGUAAGACAGAAAAGACCUUCAAUGUAUAAGCUGUUAUAUUUAGGAUAUGAUAUACAGAGCCAGAUUAAGGUUGCCCAGGACCCGAGGCAUUUGCAUGUUGUCACUGGUGGUCCAGUGGAAGACACUCUGGGGAGGUGGAUUACUGGUGGUCCGCUGGGAGAACCUUUUGGUAAGCACCCUUUUUGGGUGAAGAUCACUUUAACAGCUCCCUCAUGGUCCCACGUUUAGUUAAUAACUCAGAGUGCUGGGGUAGAGAGGGAUUGCAGAGCAGAGCAUGGAGUUCUUUUGAUUACUGUUACUAAUAAAAAAGUGUUUUCAUUUAAGCGUCUCUCGAUUUGUUGUAACUGCUAUUACUUCUCAGCAAAUACUUUCAGCAUGAACAUUACAAAUCAAUUAAAUCAUUAAAAUAACAUUAUAUUUUAAAGGGAAAUUAUAUAAAUUUCAUAUAAAUUUAACUUAAGGGAAAUGUGAGCAUUUAUAGUGUGAGAUUCGGUAUAAUAACAAAGCCACCCAAAGUUGCUCAAUUUGAGGGCCAUUCAUACUGUUGAUUUAAACUACUUUUUUAUAUUGAACUUCCCCAAUUUUAUAUUCUUUGGCAGAACACAGCAAUAGCUGAUUGUACCAAAAUUGCCCAAAACAUAUGUGAGAAUUAGGUUUUAUUAUGAGAUUUCGAUUUAAUGCAAGUACCCAGGCACAAUAAUAUUAUGUUUUAUAAAGUGAUUUACUUUGGGAGAAAUUCAACACUAACUAUUUUUUAUUUUACUUGAUCAUAGUCAAUUCAACAAUUGAAUGUAAUAAGUCCUUAAUUCCUAUUUAUGAAAUGUUGACGUGAAUUUGGCAAAAGUGGACCAUGUAAAAAAAGAAACGUUUGUGUUGAUCUUUUUUUAAUAACUACUGAAAUUCUAAUAGAAAUUGACUGUAAGGAAAGAAAACAUGGCAGAUGUCGCUAUUAAUUAAAUGCGUAAUAAUGCUGUGGAAUUGGAUGAGGUAAAUAUAUAUUUUAAUGAUAUUAGUUCUUCUACUCCAUUUACAGUGCAAAUUCAUAAAAUAAAAUAUUGGUUAUUUUAUGUGGAAAUUGCUUUAACAAAAUACAAGACUCAACUCAUACUCAAUUAAAGUUUUAUAUAAGGUUUGCUUGAACAGUUGAAAUCACGCAGUCUGUAUAGUUUCAAAUUCUAAAGGUUCUUUCGAGAAGCUCUUGGUUGGCCCAAUAUCUUUAUUUUUAUUGUUUACAUGUGGGUACUGUCCUUCACACCCUCUCCCUACAAUGCUGUUAUGUAAAAAGAGGCAGAGCUGGGUUUAGAUGGAGUCGAAUUUAGUAACUAAUAUGUCAUAGAUCAGGGGUGGGCAAUCUUCGGCCCUCCAGAUGUUUUGGACUACAUCUCCCACAAUGCUCUUUGGGCCGUAAUGCUAGCAAAGCAUCAAGGGAGAUGUAGUCCAUAACAUCUGGAGGGCCGAAGAUUGCCCACCCCUGUCAUAGAUCAUCAUUAAAGCGGUUAUCAUCAGCUGGGAAUAGUUGAUAGGAAACAUUUGACAUUAUACACAAAUAGCUUACAUAAAAUAGUUUACAUUUUAUUCAAAAACAUCAUGACAAUUUUGUUAUAGAAUUCCUUUUUAUGAAUGACCUUAAAGUCCAUACUUCAUCAUUAGUCAAUUCUGCUUACUAUUGGACAAAUUAAUUGACUAAGAGUGUUACUGAUGCUCCCGGGUAAUUAAUUUUGAUCAGAUAGGGAAGGGAGGAAAUUGAUAAUCUAGCUCUAUCGGAAGAAUAUAUUAUACAUAUAGCUAUAUCUGAAGAUGCCUUCCCUGGGGCGCACAGGGAACCUAGGUAAGUGUCCACUGAAAGUAGUACUUCAUUUGGGACAGCACCCAGGGACUGGCACCAUAAUCACUGCUUCACACUGUAAUGUUUAUGCAUCUUUAACAAUACUCUGAAGAUUGUAGUACAGUGAGACACAAUAUAAUGCAAUUUAUUAUAAUUGCUGUAAUAAUAUAGACCACAAAUGUAUCACUUCUGAAAGACUUGCAUCAGAGCUACAUGAAGAUUAAACUCUGAAAUUAAUAAAUCAGUGUGAAAUAAGGAGAGAACGAAGUACAGAAGUAUUGAAACCACGUGGAACAGGAUGAAUGAAUUGAUCGUUGUAUCAGUUUUGUAGAGACAGAGUCAUACAUUGUAAACGUUGGAAUUGUUACAUAAGGAGCACCUGGGAACAGAAUAAAUGAAGCAGCAUACAAGAGGACAUAUUUUAGAAGGACCAUUAGUCCCCUGACACAAAGUUCAUCUGGAUUUUGCAGGCCAGAGUCUGGAGAGAAUUACUUUUAGUAAUUGAUGAGCACACCAAAGGGAUGGAAAUAACUGAUAUGUCAACGAUCACAAGAAAAUGUUUUAAACACUUUUAAUAACUUAUGUAUGAUGUUUGAAAUAACACGCAAAUAGCUUACACAAAAUGGUUGCCACUUCAUUUUAAAAAAUUUAAAAAUAAAAAAACAAACAAAACCAUGAAUGUUUUAACAAAAAUAAGUGGCAUGCAUUAAUAUUUACAAUAUAGACCAGGCGUAGGUAACAUUUGGCACUCCAGAUGUCGAUCUCCCACAAAGCUCUGACAGCCAUAAUGCUGGCAAAGCAUCAGUGGAGGUGUAGUCCACAACAUCUGGAGUGCUGAAGGCUGCCUACCCUAAUAUGGACCCUUACUGCCAAACUGCAAACACAGAAGGGGAAGCAUUUAAGGAAGCCUGGGAUGAAGUUCCAAACUAUAUAAAUCGUUGAAUGGAAUUCCUAAUAAAUGAAAGAACUACAAUGCAUACAGGCUUGACAUCAGCUCAAGUAGUUUCGGUCAGGAAAUAAGAACAAAGAUGCACAUAUUUUAAAUGUGACUUUUACACUACAUAAGUCAUUAUGAAAAAAAGGAUGAGGUGUCAUUUUCCUAAAUAAUUCUGGAAAGACUAGGGAUACAUAUUUAAUGCUCAGAAAGUAGAGUAGAAUAUAAAAUAAAUGACAUGCUUAGGUCUAGAUUUAAUAUUGUUGUAUAAGCUAAGCUUUUCGAAUUAAUUCAUAUUUUUGUAUAUAGAUUUACAAUUAUUCACUUUAAAAAAAAAAAUUUGUAUUUUAAUAUUUUGAUUUUUUCAUAUAUAUUUAUAUUUUUUGAUAUGUUAAUAUUUUGAAUUAAAAAUUGGAAUUGUUACAUAAAAGUUAAUCCAAAAUAUAAGAUGAUUUGAAAAGCUUAUCCAAAAAUGUCAAAUAUCUUAAUUUAUAUAAUAUGUUGAGAGCUGGUGGGUUGCAGUGCAAGGGAAACAUACUCUCAGCACUGUUUGAGAAGCAUCUUGAUAUAUUCCGGUGGCCUCUUAGUGGAGUUUUCGGAUUCUAUUUAAAAUUUAGCAAUUUACAUUUGAACGAAAUGAAUGUAAAAGUUUUUGCCUAAACUCCAAUACCUAGCAAAUUAAAGGCUGAAUUGCAAAACUGAGGCUAAAAUAGCCAAGCUAAGAAUACAGUUGUAUUGGAGAAUUUUUCGGGGAAGUUAUUUUUGCUUAAAUGUUGCCAUUUGGACUUAAAUUCUCCACAAUUCCGAGCUUUGUUAAUAAACCCUUGUGUGUCACUUCUUUUGAAAAUGCGUGCAAGAAGAUAUUUUGGAUUGAACAUGUAUUCACACUGAUUUGUGACUCCAACAUUGCAACAACAUUGCAACAAAAAUGCUCUGUGAAGAAAUUUAAAAGGUGUUUUAUUACAGAUGACAUUAAAUCGUUCAAGGAUGAAUUUUGCUCUACAUAACUAUUAGUCCUACUCUGAUGUGAAAUGUUCCACUCAUUUAAUAACAGUAAGGCUACAUAUAGCUAUUAAUACUAAGGAUGUAAUUUGUCUUUAUUAGGUUACAAGUACAGAACAGAGAUGUUUUACUUAGGGGAGAUAUUUUCCACAAAGGAAUUGUCUAUAAAGUAAAUUUGCAUACCUAGAUACAUUGAUAGUUGCACAGUGACCUAUAGACCUGUCUCCAUUCUCCAAAAGGGAUAGAAAGUGACACCCCUGGGCAGGGCCGGACUGGGAGAAAAAUUCGGCCCGGGCAUUUUUUUAACACAGCGGCCCACUAAAAAGGGGGCGGGGCAGAGGAGGUGUGUUUUGUCACCAAUGACAGACACGCCUCCUCUCAAAGUGAGCAUGUUGGUUCAAUGCUCUUCCAGGGCAGACCAUGCGCAGAGCUCUGCUGAAGAGCUCUAGCAUGAGAAAAAAGUCCUGUAUUUGUUUUGCACAGUGCAAGCAAAUUUAAUAACAUGCUUGCACUGUGUUUCCUUGCAACUUGUCUCUGGUGUCUAUAAAUGGAUACCAGGAGACAAAAGGCCAGGAAAGAGUAUUGUGCAUGUGUUUGGAGCCUGCUUGUGGUAUUGCGUGUGUGUAGAGUGAGCUGGUCGUGGUGUGGUAUUGUGUAAUAAGGUCGGUUUUAGUCGUGUUGUGUUUGUGGUGUAAUGUGAUGCAUAUGUGGCUAUGGGCUGUAGAGAAUGUGUGUAUUGGGGAUAUAGCAAGUGUGUGCAUACAGGCUAUAGUGUGUGUGUGUUUAGGGGUGUAGAAUGUGUUUGCUUACAAGGAAUCUAGUGUGUGUAUAGGGGAUCCAGAGUGUGUAUGUUAAAGGACCACUAUAGUGCCAGGAAAACAUACUCAGGGAGGGUGCCCCCUCAGGGACCGCCCGGCUCUGGAAAGGGGUUAAAACUUACCUUUUUCCAGCGCCGGGCGGGGAGCUCUCGUCCUCCGAUCCGCCCCGUCGGCUGAAUGCGCACACGCGGCAAGAGCUGCACGCGCAUUCAGCCGGUCGCAUAGGAAAGCAUUUAUAAUGCUUUCCUAUGGACGCUUGCAUGCUCUCACUGUGAUUUUCACAGUGAAAAGCACGCAAGCACCACUAGCGGCUGUCAAUGAGACCGCUGCUAGAGGCUUUGGGGGAAGGCUUAACCCAUUGAUAAACAUAGCAGUUUCUCUGAAACUGCUAUGUUUAUAAAACAAUGGGUUAACCCUAGAAGGACCUGGCACCAAGACCACUUCAUUAAGCUGAAGUGGUCUGGGUGGCUAGAGUGGUCCUUUAAGAGUGUAGUGUGUGCGUGUAUACAUAUAUAUAUAUAUAUAUAUAUAUAUAUAUUUGGAAGUAUUGUGUAUGUUUGUGGUGCAGUGUGUUGGGGGGGGUUCUGUGUGUAUGUGAGGGGUGCAGUAUGUGUGUGUGAGAGUGCGGUGUGUGAUGGGUGUGAGAGUGCUGUGUGUGAGUGAUGGGUGUGAGAGUGCCAUGUGUGAGUGAAGGGUGUGAGAAUGCUGUGUGUGAGUGAUGGAUGGGAGAAUGCCGUGUGUGAGUGAUGGGUGUGAGAAUGCUGUGUGUGAGUGAUGGAUGUGAGUGUGCUGUGUGAGAUGGGUAUGUGAGAUGGGUGUGAGAGUGCUGUGUGUGUGUGAGUGCUCUGUGAGAGUGAUGGGUGUGAGAGUGCUGUGAGAGAAUGCUGUGUGUGAUGGGUGUGAGAGUGCUGUGUGUGAUGGGUGUGAGAGUGCUGUGAGAGUGUUGUGUGUGUGUGAGUGCUCUGUGAGAGUGCUGUGAGAGUGUUGUGUGUGUGUGAGUGCUCUGUGAGAGUGCUGUGAGUGUGAUGGGUGUGUGAGUGCUCUGUGAGAGUGCUGUGAGUGUGAUGGGUGUGAGAGAGUGCUGUGUGUGUUAAAGUGCUGUGUGUGAUGGGUGUGAGAGUGCUGUGUGAGAGAGAGUGCUGUGUGUGAUGGGUGUGAGAGUGCUGUGUGUGCUGUGUGUGUGUGAGAGUGCUGUGUGUGAUGGGUGUGAGAGUGCUGUGUGAGAGAGAGUGCUGUGUGUGUGUGAGAGUGCUGUGUGUGAUGGGUGUGAGAGAGUGCUGUGUGUGAUGGGUGUGAGAGUGCUGUAUAAAUGUUAUUGUGUGUAUGUAGGGGGGGUAAAUAAUAAAAAAAAAACAGGUAUUAUUUCCCCCCCCUCCCUUCUUACCUUUAGCCUGGGAGGGGGGGACCGGCACGCUGGGACUGGAGGCGGGGAGGCAGUGUUCCCUGGUGGUCCUCGUGGGUGAGUGAACUCCUCGCGAGAUCCGGUCGUUGCCAUGGCAACGCGCCGGAUCUCGCGAGAGGAUCCCGGCGGAGCCGCAAAUUAGAGCUCCGCCGGGUCCUCUCUCCAGCCUGGCUGGCUGGCUGGCUCCCUCCCUCCCCGCCGGCGGCCGCAUGUGGGCCGGUGAGGGAGAUCUUUGAUCCCCCACCGGCCCGUCGUGGAGACAGCGGGGCCGGCGCUAGGAGAGUGCCGGCCCUGCAUAGACCGGCAGGGGAGAUCCUGGGACCUCCCCUGCCGGCCUCGGCCCCACGGACACCGCGGCCCACCGGGCAUUUGCCCGGUGUGCCCGAUGGCCAGUCCGGGCCUGCCCCUGGGAAAGGAGCGUUUUAAGGUGCAGUCAGGAGGGAGCAUGUUAAAUUAGACUAUUUGUGUGCAGAACAAAAAAUUAAUAUACAGCCCCAGACAGUAUAUUAAUUUGCAGAACAAAAAAUUAAUAUACUGCCUCAGACAGUUUUUCAAUGAAUUUUUGGUAUAAUUGAUUAAAUCUGUCAGCUUUUGUUAUAUGUCACAUUGUUUUGGCAAAAUAUUAUAAUAUGUUAUUCUUUUUUGCAGACAUUACUUAUUUAUAAAUAUUUCUGCCACUUUUUCUGACAGAAAAAUGUUAUAAACUAUGAAAUAAAUUGUCACUUUUUAGAUCACUUUCAUAAAUACGAUCAUAAAUAACAAUGAUGGUAUUUAACCACCACCACCAUCACUUUUUGAAACACUUUGAAUAUCCAUCAGGGUCUCUGGGACAGAUCUUAUUAGUUAUUGUUAGUUAUGCAGCAUUAUGACUUUGUGGUAAUUCCCAAUAACUUUAUUUUGUGUUGUAUUUGAAUAUUCCUUUUUUUAAAUUGUUAUUAUUAUUGUUAUUUUACAUACCUAAUAUUUCUAUCUACAGGUAAAAGUCACUCAGAGUACUGAAUGCAACCAGGAGGCCCAGUUAAUUAAAAUGCUGGAAAAGGGUGAUUAUUUUGGAGAAAAGUCCCUAAUCAGGUUUGUGCACUGUACUAUUACAUUUAUCUUACUUGUUCAGUUGUUUGGAAGACUCUGUAGUGAAUUCUGUAAAGAUUGUGUUUUUCUCAAAGAAGUUGUCUGGGUGACAUGUUCCCCUCUCGUUUCAAACCUGCAGCCGAAAACAUUGCGUUCUUCAGAUUAACUCUGCUAAUUUUAAUCAAAAAGACCAUAUGAUUGGCGCAGUGUUUUACUGUGCAUGCGCACUAGCCUUCUAAUGCUUUCCGGGCAAAGCUUCACUGAGAAGCCCGGCACUAGGAGGUAGGAGAGGUAAGUAAUAUAUAUUUUUAAUCCUGCCAGCAUCUGCCCAGUGACCUAUACUGAGACCAGGGCACUAUAGUAUUAGGAAUAGAUAUUUGUAUUCCUAAGGUUAGUGUUUCUUUAAAGGCUGCAUUCUCUAAGGUAACGGUUUACCUUGCUACCCUGCUUACUGACUAUAAGUUUCUCCCUUCAAAUCUAUGGGAAAAUAACUCUGCUAAGAUCAUUAUUAUUAAUAAUUACUCAGUGCCAACUGUACAAGAUAAAAAAGCAAGCAAGCACAAUGUUUAGAUUGUCCAAAUACAACAGUUUUUUCCAUAAUGAAAAUAAAAAAUCCAAAUUUUUUUUAAUGUUCCUUAAUUUAAAUAAUAGUAGCUUUUUAGUGAGCUUACCAAUUAGAAUUAAAUUAGGAAAUGUUAACCAAAAUAUAAAUUUUUAUUUUUUGACAGCCAUUUAUAUAUUACAAUCUCUGAAUAUUAGCAUAUAUUCCAGGUCAGUACAGUUUUGAAAAAAAAAAAAAAGCAUCAUAAUGAUAUUUUUAUUCCCAAACAUUAAAUCCAAAGUGGAAUGGAAUACAUACAAAAAUAUUAUAUGAAAUCAGAGUUCUGCCUGUUAAAAUGAUAGCCAGACAUUUCAACUUUCUGUCUUUGUAUUGCCUCAGAUAAUUCUGUGAAACAACAUAUUAUUGUUUUAAGAUAUUAUGAUUAGUCUAAAAUACGUCCAUAAGCUUGGUAGGAUUUGUAAGAUUCUAUUCUGACAGAAAGUUAUAUUGCAGAACUUAAAAGCCAUGAUCCACCUGCUUCAGCUUUGAAAAUGACAUUAUUUAAUGUUAUUUGAUGAUACGUCAUGUUCCCCGAUCUUUCCCAUUAAUAUCUCUGUGUUGUUCUUGUAUGCAGUGAUGAUGUCAGAUCAGCUAAUAUAAUUGCCGAUGAUAAUGUGGAGUGUCUAGCCAUGGAUCGAGAGUGAGUAAAAUGAUUUAAGUUCUUCAUGUAAAUGUAUUAGUUUAAGGGAGUUCUACGCAAUGUUAACCUUUGUCUUUACUUAAAUGUGUGAUUUAAAAAAAAAUAUAUUAUUUACUGUUUUAUUAUGUUUAAAGGAAAGUACAAAAUAUAAAAAAGUGUAGAGGAUCCACAUUCUUCACAUAUCCUAUAAGUGGGGAUUGUACACUGUAUGCCUUUUAUACUAGAGCUGGUUUAAAGCUCUAAAAAACGUGAGUAGGACCAUAUAUACUUUUAUUCUUAUUUUUAUAUUUUCUGGACAUACUGCACCAUUAUCCUCUCCUUCUUUUCACAUACGGACUGCAUCUGAUAUCCCAACAAGAACAUUUUCAAGAAAAGAAAAAGUAUAUACCAUCAUCUUUUAUUGGACUCUCUAUCUUGGACAAAUAUUCAAAAAUGUAUAUUUUAUUUUUUAUUAUUCUAUUUAUCUUAUUUUACAUUUAUUUGUAUUUUAGGUCUCUUAUUCUAUCCCAUUUUUAAGUGUAUCUAUCUAUUGUAAACCUACUUAAGGCAUCUUAUGUUGGUUAUAAUAUUCUCACCAGUGUCUUUUUAGAGUGGCGCUAAUCCUCUACACUUUUUUAUAUUUUGUACUUGCCUCACUACUAUAGGGAUAGAGGGAUUCCCUUCCUUUAGGAGGAAAGCUGCCUUAAUUUCACUUUUCCCAGUUUAUUCUAUCAGCGCUGACCUUUUUCUACUGUUUUUAUGUUUAAAGGAACACUGUAGGCAACAAACCCACAGAAACGAUGUGUGGACAGAUGAACUUGAUGGACUUUAGUGUUUUCCAAAUCAGUUUAUCAUGUUACUAAGUGGUUAUGGUCCCUUGAUUCCAUGUGCUCUAGCUCUUGCAUCACUGCUAAACAGUUUAGUCAGCAUUUAGCAGAGAUGUUUGGCAAACUUUGUCACAAGAAGCCAGCUAUACUUCCUCCUUGCACCAUACCAAUUCUUACAAGGGAUUAUGGCAGUGAUUGGCUGAGAGCACGAAGCUUAUGCUGUCAGCCUAUCACAGCCCACUCCCCCUGGUAUGGCUUAACUCCACAUCUGCCAUUUGUUAUUGGAGUCAUGGUUUCUGAGUGCCAGGGAUUGGGCAUCUCUUCUUCACAGUGAGUAAAUCAUUUAGAAGUGAUUUGGGACUCCCUACAGAGUCCAGGCAUUAUAAUCACUUCAAUCAGUUGAAGUUGUUAUUGUACAUGCAGUGUCCUUUUAAAUAUCUUCUAUGUUUAGUGAAAUAAUUAUUGCAUGUAUAGGAGUGAAUGUCCAUAUUUAACUUUGUGUCAUGUUAGGAAAUUUAAUCAGACUGUUGGAACCUACGAAGAACUUCAAGAAUACCUUGAAGGUUAUGUGGCAACUCUGAAUCUUGACGAUGAAAGAAGAAUUGCCAAGUAAGCUAUACUGAUGAUCACAAAUUAAUCAACACUUAGUUUUCAUUCAUCUGAGAUACACAUUCACACUUGUUCAGUAAACCUUGCAUUAUAGAGAAUUCACAAGAGAAUGACAAAUUUUAGGUCAAAUUACUAUAAUGGAACUAUUUUGACCUUAAAUUUGCAAUUCCCUUGUGAACUCCCAAAUUUUCACUCUUUUUACUUAAACAAUUUAGCUUGAAAAUUAUAUAAAAAGUAGUAAAAAAUAUGAAUUCAAUUGUUAACCAACCUGUGCAGCUUAAGACAAUUAUUUGAGGGAUAUGGCAUAUUUUCUAUUUACUUGUUUCUAGAUUUAUAGCAAUAGGUCAUGUAGAACAAGGAGUGCAUUACCUUUCAGGUUUAUGCUAUCACGAAGCCCAGAAGAAUAUAUUUUGAAAUGUACAUACCCAAAGGUUUUUACUUAAGUGGAUUUGAUACGUUUCAUACAGCCAUUUAAUGCCCAAUCUCUUCUAACGUUCUUGGUGUUUUUGCAUCUCUCUCACUCACACACUGUACGGAUAUUAUAACUUUUGACUGAUGUAACCUACUAAAAGAAAUGUUAAUAAUUAGUUUUUAGCUACAUAAACGCAAACAAGCAAUUCUUCUUAAAACAUGCAUCUGCCUUACAUUUGUGAACUUACCAUGCUAGACUUUUUUUUUUUUUUUUUCAAAUUUAAAAAUGUGACAAUUGUUUUUUCUGGUGUAGGGUUCUAUUGGGUUCUCUUGCCUAUGCAUUUGAUAGACACCAAACAGUUAGAUUCAGGAUGUCAUACCAUGUGCUCCUAUGUCAAUCAAAAUAUAGAUUCACAUAAUCCUACAGCACUGAUGAUUCCCAAAUAUUGCCGUAUUAAUGUAUUUGUAUUAAGUAUUUGUGGGAAUAUUGUAUACAGUCUCUAUGUUUCUUGUAAUUGGUUUUAUUUUUUUUCUUAUUUUUUUUUUUUUUAAAUCUCUGAAAGAAGAUCGAGAGGUGGACAGCAUGUGAAAGCCAUUUCUUUGGAAAUGAUCCAGAUCAAAGAAACAGUUGCUCGACUCGCAUCUUCAUCGCCUUUUGAGAAUUUAGAGAUUAUUACCACACUGGGUGUUGGUGGGUUCGGGAGAGUUGAACUCGUAAGGGUUAUAUUUUAAGAGCCCCAUAAAUUUAUAAAAAUAUAAAAAUAACAUCAAAAGUAUAUAAAAACUGUCAAAUGUCCUCAAAAAGUCCAUGUAUAUAUAUAUAUAUAUAUAAAUAUAUAUUUUUUUCUAUGUACUCAGUCACAGUUUCACAUGUGCUUAUGUUAAUGUAAUAGGUACCUUAAUGCAUUGAGAGUCUAAGUCAUACCUUCCAAAAUUUCAAAUGGACAAACACUUUAAUGUUAGGAUUGUGAGUGGAGGUAUGCAGCAACGUAAUAUAGGGAGGGAGCUGUUCUCCGCUGGUGACAGGCUGGAGGGAGGUGCACACAGCAUAGCGUGGCUGAGCGGGUCUCGGUAGAAAACUUAAUAAUCCUAUACUCUGGUCUAGCAGGAAGAAACCUGCCUCAAUAAUACAGGCAGCAGGAGCAAAGAACAUGGCACUAGCACCUGCUGCAUACAGAGAAGCAAUAAGGAAUCUCUGCUUCCCCAACCACUAGACUACCAGGGACUGCCAUGCCUCUGCCCUCCAUUUUAAAAAUAUUGAAGCUACUUUAUGUGUACAUACACUGAUCAGCCUCAACAUUAAAACAACUGAUAGGUAAUGUGAAUAACUGAUUGAUUAUAUUGUUACAAUGGCACCUGUCAAGGAGUGGGAUAGAUUAGGCAGCAAGUCAAGUCAGUUUUUUUUAAUUUGAUGUUUUGGAAGCAGGAAAAAUGGGCAAGUAAAAAGAUCUGACUUUGACAAGGGCCAAAUAGUGAUGGCUAGAUGAGUGGGUCAGAGCAUCUCCAAAACAGUAAGUCUUGUGGGGUGUCCCUAGUAUGCAGUGGUUAGUACCUACCAAAGGUGCACUGGCAUCAGGGUCAUGGGCACUCAAGGCUCAUUUAUGCACAUGGGGGUUCAGGCUAACCCAUCUGUCACAGAGAAGAGCUACUGUAGCGUAAAUUGCUGAAAAAUUUAAUGCUGCCAUGAUAGAAAGGUGUCAAAACACACAGUGUGUAGCGGACCAUGGAUAACCCAAUCAGCUACCUCCGCUAUUUCCUUCCUUCAGCCCCUCCGGAACCUUUAGAACAUGCGGACAGCCAUUCCCCCAGUAACUGCAUGACACACGGUUCUGGAGGUACAAUCGAAUUAUAUUGAGCCACACUCGGCUUUUAUGCAUGUCCCCAUGCAAGGGGUCUUCAUCCCAAACCAACAGGGGUCAUAUCCCAAGAGCCAAAGCGCGGGAAAGGGGGUCGCUGUCCCAGGUACAGAAAGCCCACCACACAUACAAAGGCUCUCCCAUCCCCAACGGGCAGCGGGUCUUCAUCCCAGGAGCCUCUGUGCCUGGGAACCAAAGCGCCGGAAAAGAGGCCGUCCCUUUGUCUCCCAGGUGCAAAAAAGCCAGCCAAACUAGCCAGUGCCCCAAAUGUGUCCCCACCAACCUCAGGCGACCUCACAGUGGCACAUUCCCCGACCCAUCUCUGUUCGAGAGGCUCCUGUGCUGAAACCUGCAAGGGAAGUGUCUCAUUUGGGGUACGAAUGCUCCCCCCCCCUCUUCGCGCGUUUGUCUAUACGAAAUGGUGGCCACCCAGGGGAGCACUCAUUAAUUACUUCCCUUGCGGUUUCACACUUCUGUUGCCUGUGCGAACAUUGCGGUUUCACACUUAUGUAGCAAGUGCGAACGUUCUGAUUAAUUGGUGGGAACGUUCCAAUGGAACACCGGGGAGGUCCUCGUUCGUGAGACAAAUGAGUCGGUAAGCAAUCCACAAAUGCUCCCCAUGGCUGACGUUCAUCUAUACGAAAUGGCGGCCACACAGGGGAGCACUCAUUAAUUGCUUCCCUUGCGGUUUCACACCUAUGUUGCAAGUGUGAACGUUCUACUUGAAUGUUCAAACUAGCAUUCUAAAUGGGAUAUUGGGGUGGUCCCCAUUCAGGAGACAAAGGAGUUCCUUUUGUGGGAGCGCUCCCGAACGGGUAGCGGGGUAUAAUAUAUUAAAGGGAGGGAAAAAAAACACAAUACAAGUGAAAAUCACCAGAACAAGCAGUGGUUCUGCCACACAGCUCCCCCUUAACCACAAGCUGGCAUACACAGUCUGAUCCCAAUGGAUCGGCUCAGGGAUAUCCAGGGGCAUACUCACAGAUCACUUCUCCAGUUCCAUCUAUCUUUACAACCCGUCAGAAUUCACGUUUUGCUUACCGGGUCUGUAAUGAAUGGUAAAUUCGGCUCCACCGUAACAGUCGGGCAUUGUCUCCAGCGACCCGGUUAAGCCAGACCAGCGGGUUGUGUUCCAUGAGUAAGGUGAUAAGGCUGCAGCUUUUUGAGUGCCCACACCACCGCCAGACACUCCUUUUCUAUGGCGGCGUAGCUCACCUCCCUGGGUAGUAGUUUUCUGCUGAGGUAAGCUACUGGAUGUUCUCCACCAUCAUCCCUGACCUGGCUCAGCACUGCUCCUAAUCCAAACAUAGAAGCAUCUUUGUGGACAAGAAAACGUUUAUUCGGAUUAAAAGCAGCCAGGACAGGUGCAUUUAUCAGGGAGUUCUGAAGGGCUUGGAACGCCCUCUCACACUCUUGGGUCCAGUUUACCUGUCUGGGCAAGGUCUUCCCGGUCAAGUCGGUGAGAGGACAUAUUUCCUAUAAUAGCCAGCAGUCCCCAGGAAGGCCAUCACCUGGGUCUUUGUGCGGGGAAGGGCCCACUUGGCUACUGCUUCAACCUUGGCUGGCGCGUGUUUCUGUUUCCCACACCCUACUCGGUGUCCCAGGUACUGCACUUCUGCCAUCCCUAUGUAGCAUUUACUGGGCUUUAAGGUUAAUUCUGCCUCCCUAAUCCGGUCUAGGACAGCUCCUACAUGUACCAGAUGCUCCUCCCAAGUGCCGCUGUAUAUGGCUAUGUCAUCCAGGUAUGCACAUGCAUAAUUUUCUUUGGAAAGUGGCUGGGGCCUUCUUCAUCCCAAAUGGCAUCACCAUAAAUUGGUACAAGCCAAAUGGGGUGACGAAUGCCGACUUGGGAACAGCAUCUGCCGCUAGGGGAAUCUGCCAGUACCCCUUACACAAAUCUAUCGUGGUGAGGUUCUGGCCACGAGCUAUCCUGUCUAAUAGCUCGUCUAUAUGGGGCAUGCAUCCGAGACCGUCUUGUCAUUGAGCCUCCUGUAGUAUACACAGAACCGGAUAGCUCUGUCAUGUUUUGGGACCAGCACUACUGGGGAGGCCCAAGAACUCUUGGACGGUACGAUUACGCCUAAUUGAAGUAUCUCCUGAAACUUCUGCCUCAUACUCUCCCAAACCAGGUCCGAGGUUUGCCGCAGAGGAUGUUGGUCAGGGAUCUCUACCCUGUGGGUGGCUAGUGGGGUAAAUCAUGGCAGAUUGGAGAACUUCUCAGUCAGUCGGUGUCCCAAGUGGAACUCAUCUAUGGUCCCUGCUUGAACUCCAUCCUCUAGGAGAUCAGGCAGGGGAUGAUUAUCGAAAUCUUCAGAUCUUCAGAGCCUGGAGCACAUAUAGUGGCUACAUCCCCUGUCUGCUUGUGGUAGGGCUUCAGCAUGUCACAUUUCCAUUCCACCGCCUGGUAUGGACCCUGCCAGGCAGCCUGCCAUGCCGGACAGGCUUCAAAACCAGAACCUUCUGACCAACUUGAAAGCUCUGGCUCCCAGCUCCCUGGUCAUACCAUAUACGCUGGCGCCUCUGAGCCACCUGGACGUUCCUGCAUACCAGGUGAGUGAGUUCCUCUAGCCGGUCCCUAAACUCCACAUAGGGGAUGAUGGGGGUCCCUUCCUGAUCCCCAUUUCCCUCCCAGUGCUUUCUGACCAGGUCUAGGGGCCCUCUAACUCUCCGCUCGAAUAAUAAUUCGAACAGAGAGAAUCCUGUGGAUUCCUGGGGCACCUCCCGAUAUGCGAACAGGAGAUGCUGCAGGAAACUUUCCCAAUCCUUGUGGGUAACUGCAAAGGUACAGAGCACCUGCUUCAACGUGCCAUUGAAGCGUUCGCACAGGCCAUUAGUCUGGGGGUGGUAAGGGGAGCUCAGGAUCGGUUUAAUGCCACAUAACCUUCACAGUUGGUGAGUCAUCUCGACAGUAAACUGGGUGCCCUGAUCCUAGAUAAUCUCCACAGGAGAACCCAUCUGGGAGAACACUCACAUCAGGGCUUCGACUACACUCUCUGCCUAAAUGUUGCUCAGGGCGACUUUCUCGGGGUAUCGAGUUGCGUAGUCCACAAUGGUCAGAAUAUAUUUCUUCCCAGACGGGCUAUACUUAGCCAGGGUCUUAUGAUGUCAACAGCUACUCUGCCGAAGGGGUCUGCAAUGAUGGGUAGGGGCUGGAGCUUGGCCUUGUGCCGGUCGCCCCUCUUCCCCUCUCUCUGGCAGACAUCACAAGACCGGCAAUGCUGCCUCAGGUCCUUAGAGAUGCCUGGCCAGAAGAAGCUUUGGGUGAGUCAAUGUUUAGUACGACUCACUCCCAAAUACCCUGCCAGGGGAAUAUCGUGAGCUAUCUUCAUCAGCUCAUGCUAAUAUUUCCUGGGUACCACUAGCUAUUUGGUAGUAGUAGGAGCUGUCCCCGAACCUACUCACUCCGCUAUGCUGUAUAGCAAUCCCUUCUCCCAGAUAAACCAUUCCCCGUCCAACCCCGCCUGACUAGUGGCCACCAUAUCCCUAUAAGUCAGGAAGGUAGGGUCAGAGACUACUUCCCUCCCAAACUUGGCAGGGGUAUCCGAGGGCAAGGGGACAGAGACAAGGGAAAGGGCAUGAGUGCCUACCUGAGUCUCAGAGUGUGAGCCGUCCUGGGUGGUGUGGGCUUAUCGACAUGUCUUUACCGGGUAUGCUGGUCAGGGCCAGCAGUGGGCAGAUAUGAGGAAGUUAGCUGGACCAGGUCGUUGACUAGCAAGACCCCAGUUGAGGUGUAUCCUGGUGGUGGGUAGCCUAUGGAUGGCGCCCCCUGCUACCCGGACGGCGAUGGUUCCUCCGGUUGUUUCUGCCUCAGUGACCAGUUAGGGCUGUACCAGGGUCAGGGUGGCUCCAGUGUCCCGCAGUCCGUGCACGAUAUGGCCAUUCAGUUGCACUGGGUGCCUGUUGUGAUCUCUAUUGUCUGGCGUGGAUUGGAUGGUAUUUGCCUCAUGCAGAACGAUCCAAGCUUCCGCAGUAUUCUGCGGAUCGUACAAGAGUAGCGGUGUGUGGCUGCCCAGGGUGUGGGAGGGGGCCCCGGACUAAUCCAUUGGGACUGGUCCUGCUGAGCGCAGUUCCUUCUCAUGUGUCCAUACCGGCAGCAGUGAUGGCACUGGGUGGCAGCCAGGUUCGGUGCCCUCUGGGUUGAUGUGGGAGAUGGUUGGUUUCGGGCUAAGGGUAGGGUUGCAGGAAUUGGAGGGGGCAGCAGAGUACGGUGUACUGGGGGUCAGCAAGUGGUGAUGGGAGCGGGACGAAGUGGAUGGCAGGUAUCUACGUAUUCAUCCGCCCGCUGGGCUGCUUCAGUCAGAGUCUUGGGUUGCCGAUCCCUCACCCACUCAUGUACCUCGGUAGGCCAAGCCAUUGUAAAACCGUUCCAGCAGGAACAGCUGGAUAAUUUCUUUGUCGAGGACAUCCUUCUCGCCCUGUGGUACAGUGGACUCACCACUUAGUAGAUCGUCCUCCAUGAGGGCGGCAAUCAGAUCAGCCAUGGGACAAUUGCCGGCUGAUUGUCCUCUGACCUUCAGUAAUUCUUGUAGGGUUUGCCUCUUUAGAGCCAUGUAGUCCAUGGGUUAGUUUGUUACAUAGUUACAUAGCUGAAAAAAGACUUGCUGGUUUCUGUUCGGCUCGGAAGUAUGAUCCUGCCGCUUGCCACCAGUUGUAGCGGACCACGGGUAACCCGACCAGCUACCUCUGCUAUUUUCUUCCUUCAGCCCCUCCAGAACCCUUAGGACAGGCAGACAGCCAGCCAUUCCCCCAAUAACUGGACCACACAGUUCUGGAGGUACAACACAAUUAUAUUGAGCCACACUCGGCUUUUAUGCAUGUCCCCAUGCAAGGGGUCUUCAUCCCAAAACAACAGGGGUCAUAUCCCAGGAGCCUCUGUACCUGUGAGUCAAAGCACAGGAAAGGGGGUUGUUGUCCCUUUGUCUCCCAGGUACAGAAAGCCUGCCACACAUACAAAGGGUCUCCCUCCCCAAUGGGCAGGGGGUCUUCAUUCCAGGAGCCUCUGUGCCUUGGAGCCAAGGCCAGGGAAAAUAGGCCUUCCCUUUGUUUUCCCAGGCAUAGAAAAGCUAGUCAGUGCCCCAAAAGUGUUCCCACCAACCACAGGCGACCUUACAGUGACCCAUCCCGUUCGCGAGGCUCCUGUGCUGAAACCUGCAAGGGAAGUAUCACCUUUCGGGGUAUGAAUGCUCCCCCUGGUUGGUGUUCAUCUAUGCAAAAUCGCGGCCACCCAGGGGAGCACUCAUUAGUUACUUCCCUUGCGGUUUCACAUUUAUGUUUCCAGUGCAAACUUUGCAGUUUCACACUUAUGUGCGAACGUUCUGAUUAAUUGGUGGGAACGUUCCAAUGGCACGCCGGGGAGGUCCUCGUUCGGGAGAUUAAUUAGUCGGGAAGCAAUCCCCGAAUGCUCCCCCGGUCUGACGUUCGUCUACACAAAAUGGCGGCCACCCAGGGGAGCACUGAUUAAUUGCUUCUCUUACAGUUUCACACCUAUGUUGCAAGUGUGAACGUUCUACUUGAACGUUUAAACUAGCAGUCUAAAUGGGAUAUCGGGGUGGUCCCCGUUCGGAAGAUAGAGUUCCUUUCGUGGGAGCACUCCCAAACGGGGAGCGGGGUACAAUAUAUGAAAGGCAUGGAAAAAUACACAAUACAAGUGAAAAGCACCCAAACAAGCAGUGAUUAUGCCACAUAGUGCAUCACAGCUUGCUGCAUAUGGAAUUGUGUAGCCACAGACUGGUCAGAGUCCCAGUGAUGCCUCCUGUUCCCUUCUGAAAGUGCUUUCAAUAGAGAUAUGUGUGUCAGAACUGGACCAUGGAGUAACCGAAGAAGAUUGCCUGAUGGAUAAUGUUUUCUCUUAAAUCAGAUAGAUGGCCAUGUACAUGUGCGUCAUUUACCUGGGAAACAGAUAGCAGCAGGAUGGACUAUGGGAAUAAAGUAGGUCGGCGGAGGCAAUGUUAUGCUUUGGGCAAUUUUCUGCUGGGAAAGCUUCUUUCUUGCAUUCAUGUGGAUUUUACUUUGACCUAUGAAAGGCUGUACAUGUUACAGACCAUGUACACCCUUUCAUGGCAUUGGUGUUCCGUGAUAGCAGGAAAAUGCAUCCUGCUACAAUGGAAACAUUUUUUAGAAAUGGUUUAAGGAACAUGGCCAAAAGUUCAAGGUGUUGCGGCAGCCUUCUUUUUAUCCAGAUCUCAAUCAAGCCUCUGAGGUAUAUGCUGGAACAAUAAACCUUAUCAGUGGAAGCCCAACCUCGCAACUUGCAAUGCUAAUACCAGAUACCACAGGACAGGUUCGAGAUGUCUUGCGGAUUCCAUGUCUCGACACAUCAGAGCUGUUUUGGCAGCACGAGGAGGACCUACACAAUAUAAGGCUGGUGGUUUUCAUGUUAUGGCUGAUCAAUAUAUUUAAGAUUUGAUAAAUACUAUGGCUUUUCUGAUUAAAGGGGAACUCCGGUGCCAGGAAAACAAUCUGUUUUCCUGGCACUGCAGGUCCCCUCUCCCUCCCACCCCCCAAUCCCUGGUUGCUGAAGGGGUGAAAACCCCUUCAGUAACUUACCAGAGUCAGCGACGAUGUCCCAAGUCGCUGCUUCUUCCUUCGCGCCGCUCCUCCCUCUGAUUGCGUCGGCCGGUGGGCGAGACUGAUCCCGCCCUCCGGCCGGGGAGACCUAAUGCGCAUGCUCGUCAAUGCAUUUCAAUGCUUUUCUAUGGGGAAAUGAGCUACGCUGAAGGUCUUCACAUAGCGUGAGGACGUCCAGCAACGCUCUAGCACAGGUUAAUUGUGCUAGAAACCAGGACGUGCCCUCUAGUGGCUGUCUAGUAGACAGCCACUAGAGGUGGAGUUAACCCUGCAAUGUAAUUAUUGCAGUUUAUAAAAAACUUUAAUAAUUACACUUGCAGGGUUAAGAGUAGUGGGAGUUGGCACCCAGACCACUCCAAUGGGCAGAAGUGGUCUGGGUGCUUGGAGUGUUCCUUUAAAGUCGUAUUGUUUAAUUGGUAAAAUCUUUUUCAAGGAAUGAUGUGUUUUUAUGCAUGAUUUCAUAAACAAUCUUUUCCGUUUCAGGUGAAAAUGAGAAAUGACAACCUAGCUUUUGCUCUGAAGUGUAUUAAGAAGAAACACAUUGUGGAGAAUAGGCAACAAGAACAUAUACAUUCUGAGAAGAACAUUUUAGAGGAAGCCAGUUCACCUUUUAUAGUGAAGUAAGAUACAUAUUAUAGAUCUGUACAGUGUAAUACAUCUACAUAAGAAUGUUUUUGGUUAAUGAAGUGGAUGUUUAAAUAAGUCAACAAUGCAUUAAUUGACAUACCUCCUGUACUGUGGGUACAUUGUAGAGCAUAAGUACAAGUUGCAAUUUCUGUCUUAACACCCUAUGGUAAUACCUUAUCAGCCAGAUAACUGUAUUUACCCUCCUUUUUCAUUUUCUAAACCCCAUUCCAUUGCUAACAGUCUGAGGGCAAUUAAUGUCCCACUAGAUUUUUUUUUUAUUUGAAGCGUCACCCAGCAGCCAUGAGUGAGUGGCAAAAGAAGGUUACAAACGGACCACACAAAAUCAUUAACAUUUCCAUACCACCAAUAAAGGAAUGGACAUUAUUAUGUUACACAACAGCAAUAUGAUGGCUGUGGGUGGCCUUUAGGGAAAAUCAACAGGCAUUUCAUACCCAUUCAUUUAUUAAUGCCCCUGUACCAUGAAUCAUGUGAUGGAGAUAUUCAUGGCUGGACAGUCCAUAGCUCCUCAACAUUUAGUUGUUACCCAUCCCCACUACAGUACAUUAGGUGGGGGUAGAGGUGGUAAGGUAUAUAAUGUUUACAUUAAUCCUACAAAUUAAUUGUUUAAUACAUAUGAGAGUUACUGGGUCCUUCAUUUUGCUAAAGCAAAUUUAAUAAUUUAUGAAUUUUGCAUCUCAUGUUAUAGGUCAGGAUAUUUGGAAUAGGGAAAUAGCACAUGUAUAGAUAAAAUCAGUUUUUCUCUGAUUUGAUCAUUUUUGACAAAAGCGAGUCCUGAAAGAGCAGUUAUGCAGUAGUAAAUGAUAAUAAAAACAAUAUUAUCAUGUUUUUUAGCAUGUUUGCCUUUUCUAUAGUUUAAAGGAAGGCUUCUUGAUUCAAGGAGAGACAUGACUGUUAUUUUGGGGUCAAGAAGAAAUUUUUCCUAGUUUGUUGCAAAAUUAAAAAGCAUUUCAAACUGGGUUCAGUUUGUACCAUUGAGUCUUUCUUAGCCUUCUUUUGGGUUAACAGCAAAAACAGAUGUGAGAAAGCAUGAACUUGAUUGACGCAUGUCUCUUUUCUUGUAACUAUGAAUCGUUCAUAAUAUCCGUUGUUGUUAUACACCUGCUUUGGAGCUCCUAACAUACUUUUUAUUUUAUUUUAUAUUUUUGUUAUGGUUUUGUGAAAAUAUUUGUAGUUUUAGUAUUCAGAUGUUAAGAAUUAUGUACAUUUACAGAUUAUAUCGGACCUUCAAGGAUAACAAGUAUGUGUAUAUGUUGCUGGAAGCAUGCCUUGGUGGUGAAUUGUGGAGCCUUCUAAGAGAUCGGUAAUGUUUUAAAUUAAUGUUAUAUAUUUCUUAUAUGCAUGUGUAUGGAAAAGCUUUACUGUUUGUACAGAUAAACUAAAAAAUAAUUGUGGUGUUCCAGAUUCACUUUUUUAAUCAAUCUAUUGCAUUUUCAUAUGUUUAGCACACUGACGGCACACAUUUUAAUCUGAGUAUACUUAUUCUGUGCUAAAAAAAUAUAUUCUAUUUAUUUAACCCCUUCCCUCUCAAUAAUUAUUUUUGAAUAAGAGUUAGGCUCUGUACACUACAGGGAGUUUUUAGGCAAAAUUAGAACCUGCAAGGCUGCAAUGUUAAUACAGAGGCCUGAUGUAACUGUACUUCCUGUAUUUUUACACAUACAUACAUUAUUUUAUCACUGUGGUGUCAUUUUUAGGAAGGUAUAAGAGGUUCCUAAAAACAGAAUUAAGUUAUUUAUAAUGAUUGCAGAACUAUUGCCUAUUUGGUAGCAGGAACUCCUGUGCUCAACCACUCAAUAUUAAGCCCAGACUUUGCUGCAAUGAACUGUGUGAAUACAUGUGACCAUUUUGCACACCUAAUUACUUAGAAGUUAGUUAUACAACAGAACAUUCAUGUUGAUGUCCCUGGAUAACUACUUUGCUUGUUUAAGAUAAAGUGGCUUGGCACACAUAUAUUUAAAUGUUGGCACACAUAUCUACUAUUUUAUGUUAUCAUUCUGUUUGUUUCACUUUUUAAUUGUUCCCUUUUAGUAUAUUAACAGUGACAGAGAGUUUAGUUUAUAUGUUGUUUUCGAACAGCUCUGAAUUAUUUAGGUCAAUCAUAUUUUCUCCUUUGUGGCUGUUUGUGAAUAUGUGUUGGCUAUUUUUUGGUAGUAAUUUUUCUUUCAAAUAUCAUUUGAAAAGUAAUUUAGUGUGUUAAUCUUUUUAUGUUUAAAUUUAUAUAAUAAUUUGGUAGGCUAAUUACAUUUAAAUUUACAGCAUUGUAUUUAAGUGGUGUUUAAAUUACUUUUUUUUCUUCUUUUAUUUCCAGUGGUAGUUUUGAUGAGACCUCUGCCAAAUUCUGCAUUGGAUGUGUGACUGAGGCAUUUGAAUAUUUGCAUAGUAUUGGUGUAAUGUAUCGGGAUUUAAAGCCAGAGAACUUACUGCUGGAUUCAGAAGGCUAUGUGAAACUGGUAGCUAUAAAUACUUUUACUAAAUCAAUAGCAAAAAGCCUUUGAUGUUUAUAGAUAUUAUGGAUACCCAUUGAAAAUUAUGAUACAUACCUAGUGAUAAUACAUACUGCCAAACUGAUGUUGAUUGGUGGAUAUGUCCAUAUUUGUGUGUGUUUCUGGUGUUGGAAAAUGAACAACUUUGUGUGAACACGAGACCGAUUCUUUAAUCUCAAAAGAUCUAGUCAUCUCCAAAUAUUAGCAGUUGCAGUUUUAUGCUCCUUGUCUCACACACUAAUUUUAAAGGUGUCCUAUCUCAGUAUGCUCCGACCCAUGUUUUUUACACUCAUCCCUUGUCUUGUACCCUCAGUUCCAAAGUCUUUUAUCCCUUAUUUCAUUCCAGCAGGCCCUCCAGAUAGCAGGUCUCUUACCCUUCAGUAUCCCAUUACCCACCAGCUCAUCAAUGGGUCAGCUCUCUUUACUGCGCUUUUUCUAAUCUCCCAUUGCUUCACCUUUUUAUUUUUAGUGCCUUUAAGGUUUUUGGGCAUUUUUUGCUGUGGGCUUGAAAGCCUGUAGGGCGGCAAAGAACAUCCUGCAUAUUUGGUGUGAGCAGAGUUAAAUCCCGGCUUACACCAGGGAGCCUCAUAUGAUGAAUACCUGGGGAUUCCCUCUGUCUCCUCUCUGUCUCUCUUUUUAGUGGCCUCAGAUUUUAGAUGAGCUAUUUGCAGUGCUGGAAGCCGGAGCUGCAAAGAGCUCUUUAAAUAGGUAUUUAAAUGCCUAUGAAAAGAUCAUGGUGUGAGCAGAGUUAAAUCCAUGCUCACACCACUAACCACAAAGGAUACCUGGGGCUCCUCUGAGUUUACUGAGGCCAUUUUUGUGGCCCCAGACUUGCUGAUGAACUGUUCGCAGCAAUGAGCAAUGAAAGCCAGCGCUGCAAAUGGCUCUUCAAAAAGGCAUUUAAAUGUCUUCUGAGAGAUUGCGGUGAAAUCCCUGCUCAGAUCACUAACUCCAGGUAUCAAUGAAUACCUUGGGCUCCUGUUAGGCAGCUGGGGCCUUUUUUAGUAUUAGUGACUGAUGAGCUCUGUGCAAUGCUGGAAGUCAUUGCUGCACAGAGCCUUUUAAACACAUUGAUACAGCCACAAUCACUCAGCCACGUUUGUUUCUGGGCUGCAGGCAGUUUUGGGUCUAAAUAGACCCUGCCAGGGUCUACCCUGCCUGUUCUUAGUCAAUUGGGACUGGUGCUGGGCUUGGCCAGCUUCCCAACACCAUAAUCGGCUGUAAACCAGGGCACUGAGUAUAAUUCUGAAAAAUGGGCAACAUACCACCAUCUAUUGUGGUGUGAUAAAAGCAGUAGAUUACCUUAGGGUUAGAGUUGGGUUGGGGUUAGUGGUGGAGUUAGGGUAGGGUUAGAUUUAGGGGUAAGAUUAGGGUUAGACUGAAGAUGGAUUAGGGAUAGCUGUAGGGACAGGGUUGGUGUAGGGUUAGAGCAAGAAAAGUUUUUGAGUUAAAGAUAGUGUAGGAUUUAGGUUAAGGGUAAGAUUAGGGUAAGCAUACAGUUAGAGUUAGUGUAAGCAUUGGGUAAGGGGUAUGGUUAGUAUAGCAUUAGUGUGGGGGUUGGUAUAGGGUUAGCGUUAACUAUCAACAUUCAUUUAUUUCCUAAACAUACUGGGCAUUUAACAAUCAGGACUGAUAAAUUAAUCUAUUUUCAGUUUUUAUAAUUAAUUGCACUGGAUGCGUAAAAAUUAUUAUAAGCAAAAAUGUGAAAAAAAAAUUUAAUUUUUUUUCUCAUUUUAAACAUUUUAUUCAUACGUAAUGUUAGUUAGGUAUACAUAUAGAAUAUUACAUUAAAGCCCUUUCUGUCCUUUAAAAAAGCAAUACAUGAUAUGUAUGGAGCACUUGAAAAGAAACCCUUAACUUGCAGUAUAACAAACCUUUAGAUCAAAUUGAAGGUUUUCUUUUGGUUCAGAAUGUGGACAAUAGCCUCACUAAUUAAGGGGUAGUGGAACCAUAAUGAACAGUGUCAAACAUUAGCGCUAUUUCUAAAUCUUACCCUACCAUUAUCCCUACCUUUAUUUUUAACACUAGCCUUAACCCUAACCUCCAAGCUAACCUUACUGCUAACACUAAACAAGGGGGCAUGCAGGGAGACGUAACUGGAGUAUUUUUGGACCAUAUGAGUCUCUCACUGUAUGGGGCAGAAUUCCAAGAUAAUCACCACUAAUGAAUGUGAUUGUUUAGCCAUGGUGAUUUAAACAGAAUUAAGUGCCUUCAUGCUGCACUUACCCACUAAUUCUUGUAAUGAUAACUGGAUCUCCCUAGUACCAGCUGGGAUCUAGCUCUACAGAUACCUUAAAUGCAUAACGGUCUAUGACAUUGUUAAAUCCCUGCAUUGCAUGAGAAUCAUCAAGUGGUGAAAGUUCAAUUAAGAGAGCAGGAAAUGAUAAACACACCUUGCUGUAAGAUCUGAUUUAACAUUUUUUUUUUUUUUUUUUAAAUGGAGGUUAUGUGAGUCACAGCCAGGGUAGGUGAGUCAAGGGCUGCAUUAACAGAAAUAAAAGUGAUUUAACUCCUCUAUGGCAUAUAAUUGAGCAGUGAAUUGAGCACACUAGGGACAUGAUCUAUACACCAAAACGUAUUAUUCUACAUUUUUUUUAAAGGGAAUCAACACAGUAAAGGAGGAGACUAUAUUUAAAAGAAGAAAAACUACCACAAUAAGAGGACAUAGUCUUAAAUUAGAGGGACAAAGGUUUAAAAAUAAUAUCAGGAAGUAUUACUUUACUGAGAGGGUAGUGGAUGCCUGGAAUAGCCUUCCAGCUGAAGUGGUAGAGGUUAACACAGUAAAGGAGUUUAAGCAUGUGUGGGAUAGGCAUAAGGCAAUCCUAACUAUAAGAUAAGGCCAGGGACUAAUAAAAGUAUUUAGAAAACUGGGCCGAAUGGUUCUUAUCUGCCGUCACAUUCUAUGUUUCUAUGUUUCUAUUUUACUCAUCUUCUCAGUUAUUCUGUACAUAUUUUCUACCAUGCUUUCUAACAUUCUUUUUCUUUGCGCAAACACUUCUUUAAAAUGGUCCCCCAGACUUCAUUGUAAAUCAUGUUGUUUAAUCAUGUGUUUAAUAAAAAAUGUGAUUCCUGGGGGCGGAGCUAGACCAUCGAGCUAUACAGACGCCAUUCAGACAGGCUCCUCUGUCAAAUUGCACAAUCCAAGGAAAAUCUCAUCACCCUAAGCCAAUCCAGCUUCCAAAAGCCACCAGCUGGACUCCCUACCUUCUCCUGAGGAGAUAGAUACCAUUCUUUGCGGCUUCCACCCAGCAGAAGCGGAGGCGGAAAAUCGGGUCCUACCCCACGCUGACACUCCCAGCGGCUACAAGCAUGACAAGCGCGGGACAGCCUCCUCACAGAGAUCAGACCAACCUGCUCACACGCCAGCCAUGGGCCGCCAAUCACAACGACCACAAACCGCAGAACACUGCAGGGAUAUAGGGGCCAUGCUCCAACGGCCUACUCUGACUAAAAUCACUCCCAGGGAAAUACCGCGCUCUGCAACUCACUCCCAUCACACAGAGCCACCGGAGACAGCAAAAACCCGAGAAACCCAAACAGAGCAGCAACCCCAACCCGAACCUCCAGCAGACAUGACCCCAACAUCCAGGCAUGACCUGAAAAUCUUACUAUCGGACUUCCACAAAAUUCUGGCGGCAGAACUAGCCCCCAUCAAAACAGAAAUCACAGCCACCACUAAUAGGGUGCAACAUCCGAAAAACACAUCACAGACUUACAGUCCCAUGUAGCUGAGCUACAAGACUCAGUGCAACAAGCCUGGGCACAUCAAAGAGCCGUGAUGGCACAGCAGACGGCCAUGGAGGAACGCCACCGGCGCAUAAAUAUAAAAAUAAGGGCCAUCCCGGCGGCCAUUUUAUCAGACAAACUGCCGCACUACACAAGACGCCUACUGGCCACUAUUCUACCCCAUGCCACAGUAAAGAAGAUGGUCACAGAGGAGAUAUAUCGCCUACCCACAUUAGCAAAGACGCUCUCAAACAUGCCCGCAAUGUGAUACUCAGGUGUCCAAUGGUCCACGACAAGAUACAGAUCAUGUCUGCGUUAAAAGGUAAAACACCUCUGACCUUUGAGGGCGCUAGCCUGACAUUCUUCCAGGACCUCACGAAAUCCACCCUUAUGUGGCGCAAAAUCUUCAGUACCCUCACUAACGGACUUAGGGCGGCAGGCAUAACUUACAGAUGGAGGAACGAAACCCAUCACAUACUUACCUCAAUGGAGGAGGCACACACACUCUUAGAGUCCCUGGGACUGGAGCUCCCGACCGCUAACCCACUACCGAGACCAUCUACUGCCAACUGGGACCUGGAGCAUACCAAACCUUUCCAUUGAAAUGGCUUAUAUGAUAUAUGAUGUUGCUCUAAUUUACUGCCUCUGUUGGUGCUAUUCUCCUAGUUGGAGAAUAUCACAUUAAGAACGCAUGACGGACCGAAUCUUGACACAGACCGUAACUGUCUGACACUACAUGCUCAGUAUAGCCCAUUCCCACAGGACAUAACGCUGGACACACAUAUGAGGCCAACAAAUCCGGUACCGGGUUGCCCAACAAAAAAGUAAACGAGGGACAACUCUUACCAUAAUCCUCCUCCGCAACUCCUCCGGUUAGGAGUUUCCUCCACCAAGGCAUAGAAUACAAUCAUGCAGGAGAACUGAGAUUAAAUGCUCACACACCUCCGUAGUUACAUAACGGUGCUCACUCACCUCUAAGCCCACGAGACACUCUCACGUCAAAUACACUCACACCUGAGCGUGCCACAACCACGGACGCACUGCCACCCGAUAGUCACCCAGCACACGGAACAAGGACACUGGGACUGACUAGGCAACCCAAACUCAUGACCAAUAAAUGUUACAAAUAGCAGGACCUUGAUCCAAGUUUACAACAUGUUAAAAAUGUACAAAAGGUGCAGACACACAAAAUUAUUUACUCAUGCAAUGUUAUAUAUCAGAACUUCUAUUACGCAAUAUACUGUUUUAUUGUAUGACUCAUGCAACCCACCACAAAAAAUAAAGAAUUAUAAAAAAAAAAAAUCCUAUAUUUUAGGAUGUGCAUGUGAGAAUUACUGAUUUUAAAGCAGACACCAGAUGGCACCAUGAGAUGUGAUGUUUUGCGUUGAAUAACCAAAAUGCAAAUGGAUUCGUUUUUGUACAUAUAAAAAGUGCAAAUUCAUUUUGAAUUUGGCUAUUUUUUAACCAAAUAUUGUUAAACAACAUGCACAAUACAUUGAGAUCUUGUGUCAGGUCUUUUUAUAAUAAUUAAUUUAUUUAUUUCCAUGAAUAUUUCCCUUGCACAUCUCCCAACUUAAAAUGAAACUCUUUUCUGGAUAAACCAUAUUGCUCCCACCUCUAUAUUUUUCUAACCAUUGAGGACUACUAAAAGAGAAGUUCUCGACCAAUGUUCUAAAAACAUUGAGCAAACAGCAGGUAUAUCUUACUGUUUUUCAAAAUACCACUCAACGUUGUUAGUUCAGGCUUUCUUCUUUAGUCAGUAAAUUGUGCCUUCCUGUUUACUAAAUUUAAGUAACACUGCCCACCUAAGUUUACAGAACUCAUCAGGGCAUAAAUUGCAUAGAAUUAAUCAGAUAUGAAAAGCUUCUUAAUGUAACUGGAAUAAUUUCAUCUGACAGGUUGAUUUUGGUUUUGCUAAGAAAAUAUUUCCUGGGCAAAAAACAUGGACGUUUUGUGGAACACCAGAGUAUGUUGCUCCGGAAGUCAUUUUGAACAAAGGCCACAGCUUUAGUGUGGAUUUCUGGUCACUUGGAAUAUUACUUUAUGAACUUCUUACGGGAAGGUAAGUUUUUCAGAAAACUAAAAAUUAUUUAUAGAAUGCAAUUCUAUGUAAAAAUGUAUGUUUGAUUUAUAGUAAUGGCAACUCUAGAUUGCGUUAGAGAAAAUGUUUGGAAAAACAUUUUCUGAAUGUUUUGUUUUUAUUUAUUAAGUGUGACACUGUAUAUUAUUAUUGACCAAUGGAUCAUUACCAUGCUUGUUGGUGAAAAUCAGCCAUUAAGCAUUGUUAAUAUCAACAACCAUUAGAUUAUUGCAACUAAAAAAUAUCAAGCGUUUUUUUGUUGUCCAAUUGCACAGCAUAUCCAAGGUGUGGUCUUACCAGUGAUUUAUAAAGAAGCAAAAUGAUAUUCUCAUCCCAAUAAUUAAUGCCCUUUUUCAUGCAUGGCAAUACCUUACUGGCCUUAGCCACUGCACAUUGUUGCCUACGUUUGUUGUCUAUAACAAUUAGCAGUUAUCCAUAACUCUGCUUCUAUAAACCAAGCUAUUAAAACACCAAUUAUAGCCCCAUAAUGACUUCAUCUCAAUGAUGCUGUUAUGGGGUCUGGAGGUCUUUGGUGCCGUCUUACCUUAUUGGGCUAAAUUGUUUUUGAAUGGUUUUGGCACAAAGUUCUCUUGAUUGUGCCUGUGUUCUCAACAACUCUGCCUCCUCCUUGUCAGACCCUAGCUUCAAUGUGGAAGAUGCACCCUUGGAUGCUGUUACAUACCUUUUUAAAGUGUUUUUAUCAGUGAACAGCCUGUGAUAAGUUGAGAACUUUAAGGAAAGGGGAAAUGUUUCACAUAGUAGCUAGGGCUGGAGGACGAAACAGAGCAAACAAGUGGACAGGCGCUGCCAGGAGAACAUUGGAGUUAAACAAUUUGAAAAUGGUUCAAUCCUAUUUAGUAAGGCAUUAUUCAGGACCUCCAGACCCCAAAGCAAAAGAUAAAAGUGAUGAGAUAAAGGUGUUAUGGGGCCUGUUGUGGUCUUUUUUUCACUUUUUAAAUUUAUAAUUUAUUAGGAUUUUAUAUACAGAGCAUACAUCCAAAUCAUUAUAUAAGAAACAGUAUAGGAACAGUAUAAUCACAUAGGAAACGACAACUCACUGCUUGACUAUUUGUAGGGUAAAGGAAAUUUUAGGAAUCUGCGCUUUGUCUGGGGUGACUUACACAUAUAGAUCGCUGCUACAGUGAGGAUCUAAAACCAGGUGGAAUUUGUAUGAACACUGAACACUAUAAAAAUGCAAAAGAUUGAAAUAACAUGACAGCAAGUAAGUAAGUGCUUUGGGUUGUGCGACAGGUUAAACCUGCAGCCAUCCUAAACAAUUAUGCCAGGUUCCAGCAUCACCUCUGACAAUGGAAUAGGUGUGGGCAUUGUAAGGCUUUAAGGUUUCAUUUGAACUUCAACCAGUGAACAUUAGUCCCUGUUUGUAUGGUCCGGAGUUGCGAAGUUCCCACUUCAUGGUCAUCAUGAGACUGCGUCUCUUCUGAUCACAUCUAAGGUUUUGAGUGUGGCCCUGCUCCCAGGACGAGCUUCUGGAGGAAUGACUCUGGGUUGUCAGCAGAGGUUAACAUGAGUAGUUUCUCUCUUUUCCUCACUACAAGGGAGCCUUCCAUUCCCCAGCGUUACCUGAUUGAAUAAUCUCUGAGGUGUUUUGCAACUGGAGCCUGCUGUCUUUUUUCCACCAAGACUGCAAAAGGGUGAACCAUACAGAGCCACCGAGCAUCCUUCAAAGUGUACAGUCCCCAGGGCUCUAUAGCGGGCCAUAAUAGCGGUUCUUGCAUUAACAUCCUUAGUUACUAUAAUAGUGUCUUUGAGGGCACCAUCUGGUGCAGCAGCUGCUUUGUGUAGUCUGAACGCCAAUAACACCAGCAAGAGGUCCAAUGAGGCCACCAGCCUCUGUGUAAAAGGCAACUGUUGCUCCCCUCCGACAGUCUCCGGGACACCUCUCAGGCGGAUGUUUCAUCUUCGUUGCCUGGAUUCCAGCGCUAUAACUGUAUUGGUCAGCUUUUGAAGUUGGCUAGUGAGAUUUUCCACCUGGCUUUUUGUCUCUUGAAUCUGUCUGUCUCUUGAUGUUUCUCUCUUCUCAGCAUUCAUCAAGUCUCUUAUGUAGGGCUCCCAUGUUAGCCUGGGCUUCCUGGAGGUCUGCUUUCCAGAUUUUCUCAUAUCCAGCAGCAACCUUUUAAUGUCCCCUUUUGCGGAAUGGGGAGAGUCUUCCUCCGAUUCAGAUUCCUGGUAGGUGCCCUUGGAUUUAUCUGAGGUAAUAGAUGCCAUGUCUUCUUGGGAGUCUUCUGAGAGCUCUGCCAUCGAUUUGUGCCUUGUGCGUCAUGUUGGCUGGUAUGCGCUCUGCAGGUCUCUCAAAUGAAAGCCUGAUGUCUGGCAUGCUGUAUCACUCUAGGUGUCUGGACUUUUUGUUUCCACGCCCCAUACAGUCAUCUUAGGGGUGCUUUAGCAGGAUACGCAGUAGUGAGUCUCUAUUCGCAGCAAUUUCAGGUAAGUCGCUGGCCCAUGUCAGAGCUCCGCUUACACACAUCUUAUUUAGUUCGCUGUUGUGGUCUUUUAACUUAAAGUUUGCAAUUGGAUUUUAUGUUCACUUUAGCCCAAGCAGCACAGAGGGGAUGGGCUGCUGGAAAUUCUUGUUUAGCAUUAAAACAUUUGAAGUGGUUUAAUGCUAAAUGGAAGACAGAGCCAGGAGAGAUUAUAACAACUUCAAUAAGAUGACAGAAAGAAACAAUAAUAAAUACAAAUAACAGCAAUUGAAAAUUAUAAUUAAUAAGAUACAAGGGACACAAGGAAAAAAACUGGAAACAAAAGACAGAAUCGCUUUAAUAGUUGCCACUAAUUACCAGUCACAAACAGUGAAAAUUUGCAAAGUGGAAACAGCCAGGAGUCCCUAACACUUCAGGCAGCCAUUUUAGAGCUUACCGUCUUGUUGAUAACUGAUUGCGACAUGCAUAGGAACAAGUCCCAAGUUUAAAAAAAUUAUUUUAUAGCAUGUGAAAAUACACAUUAUAAUGGACAACUGUAUCCCUAUGCUACUCAAGUAUAUACAACACCUACCAACAGUGCUGGAUACUGAAUGAUAAACUUGUGUCCAUAUGUAGCAUUUUUUAUCUGGUGUUCACUGAACUGUGGGAGUGUGUGAGUUUAUCAUCUCUCACUGAUUCUAUCUCUAGAGUGCCACUUAUACCAUGUUCUCAGUCAAUGGUUUAUUUAUCUUUAAAAUGAAAAUUUCUAAUUUCAACCAGUAACCAUAUUUGGAUAUUUUUCUGACUUCUGAGUGCAAUGAAUUUUUUAGAUAUGACAGUUUAUCUAAUUAAGCUAAGUAAAGCUAGUUAGUUAAUGGAAUUCUGUGUAUUAAACAUUAUUACAGGGUUAUUCACCGAAGUGAAAAUUCUAAGUGAAUUUAAAAUUUAAAGACAAAAAUUUUAAGUGGAAACAUUUUCUGUCAGUUAUGCAUCUUUGACCUUAAAUUUGAAAUUCAAUUUGAAUUCACUUUGUUCUGUAUUGUGUGUAUGGAGGCCUACUUAUGGUCUUGAUUUGUGCAUAGGUGAGGUUAUGUUGUGAGUGUGGGAGGUGACUGUGUGUCUAAUCGCAUUACCUAGUGGUCUAGUGGAUUAAGCUGCUGGUGUGCACCCUUUGUGUGUGCAGACCACUGACUGUGCUCCCUUCCAGUCUGUGAUAGUGAGGGAGCAUCACCAGUGAACCGCACUCACUGAAUGUGUAGACAUGCAUCUCCCUCCCAGAGCUGGCCAGGAAGAUCUUUUAAUCUCCCCAUGCCUUUGCUGUUGCAGAGGAUCUCUGCAGAGCCAGUGCUCUAAUGGGCACUUAAUGCAAGCUAACUUGUUUGCAAAAAAACUAUUUAAUUUGCAUAAUUACAAAUUGUGUACAUAAUUCUAGUGUAUGGGAGCUUACGCCAUAGUUAAGGAGUUAAUGAAUAACCCUGCAAGUGUCACCAUGCCCAAAUCAACUAGAACAUUGUUUACUUUGUUCCUUAGUCAAGCUUUGUAUUUAGCUAUGCAAUAUAUUUAUUUUUCUUUCCGGAAUUAGUGGAGAAAAUUGUAAUUUGUUUUUAAAUUAACAUUGUUUGCCUCCCUGUUCUGGUAACAAAAAAAAAAAAAGCAUACAGUGUAAAUUAAUUUAACCCUAAUAGUGCUGUGCACACAGACGCCAUGAGGGCAUUUCUAAGAAACGUCCAAUCAUGCAUUAACUUUUAUAGCAAUUCUUAGCAAAUCAUCAAGCGCGUUGGUGUCUCGUCAGGAAAUGAUGUGUGUAGGCAAGUAUGUUUUAUACUUUCCUCCAAUCUGCUACUCACCCCAGUAAAUGCUGAAACAUUGACUGGGAUGAAGAUUUAAGGAACUUCCAGAGAAGAGACAGUUCUGCUUCAAAGAAAAAAUGUUUAAAUUAAAAGUUUAGUAUAACACAUUUUUCAUAUUUUUGUGAUAUAUGCAUUAUAUUUACAUCUAUGUUUAAAGGUGUGUUUACCGUAAUUUCUGACAUUUUUCCUACCAGUCCUCCAUUCACUGGGCCAGACCAGAUGAUGAUCUACAAUUUAAUUCUGCAAGGCAUUGAGAAAAUGGAGUUUCAUAAAAGAAUAUCAAGACGUUCUGAUGAACUGAUUCGUCGACUGUGCAGGUUAAAACAAUCCCUCAUGUUAAUUUGUGUUAUAUAUUUAAUGUACAAAGCUUCCUAACACGUAGAAGCCUUCAAAUGAGGACACUGAAGCAUACCAUUUUCCACUUUGAAGCGUGUAACUGUGAAUGAGGUAACAUAUAGACUCUAAAAUAAUAACUUUUAAAUUGCCCCCAAUUAAUUUUUACGUAGACACCAAUUACUGUGGUAACCAAGCAGUUAUGACAUUGGUACUCAUUGAAAAAACUGUAACUUGUCAUGAUUUAAUAUCCUUUAUUAAGAUAUUUCAGCUGUGAAUUACAAGUAUGAAAAGAACAUAUAUGGAGGUUCCCAUAUCUACGAAUCAGUGCUCAAAGUUGACAAAUUGUGUAACUAUAUGUCCCUGGGAUUAAUAUAAAGAACCAGAAUAAUUGUUUAUCCCUCACAUUUCCAAAGUAUGCUUACUGAUUUUACUUACGUGAGUUGGAUUUGGGUCAUGCUGACCUGAGCUAUAGGUUGUUAAUGCUUCACUUAUGUAGAUUACCGUACAUAUGUAUCUAGUUACGAUACCUACAUUUUCCUAAUACAGGAAUGCAAGGAGCUUUAAAAAAACAUAGUACUGUAAGGAAUAAGACAAAAAAGGUAAACAGUAGAGUUAUAUUGUGACUGUUAUAUAUAUAUAUAUAAUUAUUGUUAUCAUUAUUAUUCCCAAUUUCUCUUUUUAAGAUUGCACAACUAGCAUCUUAUAUAUUUGUCUUGGUGAUACAUACAACGAUCUUUACUGAAGUGGGAAAUCUUGAGAAUUCAAAUUGAAUUUAAAGUGAAUUUUAACUAGAAGGCUAGAGUAGACACACUGGAAUAAUUCCCAAUUCAACUAUGCUUCCUGUUCAGCAACUAUGGCCUUCAUAUUCAAAUUCAGUAGGACUUCCCUAAAAUCCUCACGUUCGUAAAUAACCCUGAGAAUGUUGACGUUAUGUAAAAAUACUGCUGCUGAGCCCUACAAUGUCAUAAUACACAUGAAACUGAAGGUUAACUGAUGUCUUCAGAACCCCAAUAUUACAUUAUUCACCCUAAUACAUGUUUAACUGUGUAUAACAAAACUUUAUUCAGCAAAAAUAGGUGCUUGUGUUACAAAUUUUGGAUUGACCUGUUCUUGUCCUCUGAUAUCCCUGACCCGGUUACUCCUGACUGUGAUCUUGUUUUUUUUUUUGGUCUGACAGGAAGUUGCUCACUGCUUCCAGCUUCCUGUCAGACCGGGUAGAGGAUGAAGAAUAUCCCCAUAAGCAAUCCGCAAGGUCACAAUACACAGUUGUAAUUUUCUGGUAAUAAACUGUGUCCUAUAUUCUGAAAAAAUAUGGUAAAUGCAUAUUUUGUGGGGGUGUAUUUACUAAAUUGUAUUGUUUUGUUUCAAUGGAGUGUUUGUUUAAAAGUGUUUUAAUAUAUUUUAUUUAAUCCUUCGCAGACAAAAUCCCACAGAACGUCUUGGAAACUUGAAGAAUGGAAUAGCUGACAUUAAAAAACAUAGGUAUAGCGAGAAAUACAUUAUUUAAAAGCAUUCUCAAAUAUGACUUAUUAACGUGCCAUAAUCAUCUAUUCUGUGUUUUUAUUACUUGAUUACCGCUGUCUAUAUGAUAUUAUAGCAAAUUAUUGCUAACAAAAUUUUAACUGUGUUCUGCAUCAGAAAUCAAAUCCAAAGGAAAUAAGUGGGCACUCAUCCAAGAUUUCUAACAUGUAUUACUAGCACUAUAGUAUCCCUUUAAAGCGGGGCUGUCCAACCUGCGGCCCUCCAGAUGUUGCUGAACUACAACUCCCAUGAUUCUUUCAUUGAAACAGAUAGCCAGGGAAACAUGGGAGUUGUAGUUCAGCAAUAUCUGGGGGGCCGCAGGUUGGACAGCCCUGCUUUAAAGGACUACUAUAGUCACCAAAACAACUUUAGCUUAAUGAAUCAGUUUUAGUGUAAAUAGCAUGCCUCUGAAGUCUCACUGCUUUGCCAUUUAGGAUUUAUAUCACUUUUGUUACUGUUUCUUCAGCCCUAGCAGGGCCAGUCUUAAGCCUUUACGCACCCUGUGCAAAAUAUUUUCUCAGCGCCCCUCCCUGGUCAUACCCGCUCAUCCAUGUAUUGUGUAUAUAUAAGGAUGCAGUGUUUGUAUUAGGCUAUUUAAUUCAGAUUUUAAAAAAUGCAUGUAGGCCCAUGUGUGAAUACUAUUGUGUAUUUUUGCAGUGACAGAUGCACACAGUCCCACAGUCAGACAGUCAGCUGCUCACAGUUAUACUGUCAAAUAUAGCCACAUGCACAUGGUACCAAGCGCAGGGACAGAGCAAGGAUUUCUGCCGUCCUAGGCAAAGAUCCAUUUUGCCGCCCCCUCAUGUCACUCACUCACUGACAGACACACACUGGCAGACACACACACUCGCUGACAGACACUCACUGACAGACAUACACUCACUCACAGACAGACAGACACACACACACACACACAAACACGUACUGGCAGACAUACACUCACUCACUGACAGACUUACACUCACUCACUGAUAUACAUACACUCACUCACUUACAGACACACACAUGCACUCACUGACAGACAUACACUCACUCACUGACAGACACACACACACUCACUGACAGACAGACAUACACUCACUCACUGACAGAUUCACACACACACACUCACACACAGGCACUCACUGAAAUACAUACACUCACUCACUGACAGGCACACACACACACACACACACACACACAGACACUCACUGGCAUACAUACACUCACUCACUGACAGACACACACAGGCAGACACUCACUGACAGACACACAUACAAUGAAAAAUGUUUUCGCUGGCAAAUCUAAUGCGUAUUUGUACAAGAAUAUGCCCUCUGACUGGGCGAAACUCGCAUUUGCAUCACAACAAAGAAGCGAGGUACAGCUUUACUGUACACAGAAAUCUAACAUAAAGUCUUGCAUUCCUGUCGAAUACAAAUUUCGUACUCAAAUCUAACGUGCCAUUGAGUCUAAUACGCAUUCAAAUUUUGGAGACUUUAUUUUGCCAGUAAUGGUACGCAUUGGAUUUAAGUAAAUACAGUAUAUGACAACCAUACUCUGUUGAAAGUAUUUUCAACAACUUACUGAUCUAUCUGGCAGCAAUGUAAUAAUUAUUUACAGGGCACUUUAAGUACCAUCACCAUGUUUCAUCUGGCCAGUAGCUAAAAUGCAGGGUUUAGCAAGCAGAUCUUUUGUUUUAAUUGGUCAAUACACAGUCUCUAUUGUUACUUCUGUUAAAUGACCCAUUUUAUGCUAGAAAACAUUUAAGUUACUUUAUUUUAUAUAUAUUCUAAGCUAUUUUGGUUUCUGCAUCUUUUUUAAGGUGGUUUAAUGGAUUUGACUGGGAAGGACUAGGUUCUAGAAGUCUCCCCUCACCUUUAAAGCCUGAGGUAAUUAUUUAUUUAUUUAUUUAUUUUAAAUUCUUAAAGUAUUUAAUCAUAUAGUAUCAAUGAAUGUAAUAUUUUGAUAUCAAGUGUAGUCUAAUUGAUUGGUACCCCCAAGCUGCUCCCCCUGUCUUGUGCCUUCCUUAACACACAUCUUCAACUGAUCUCUCUCUUCUGGAAUUGUCCCUGCUGACCUUAAAAAUACCACUCUAGUACCUAUCCUGAAAAAAACAUAUCUUGCUCUUCCUCCCCCCUCUAACUAUCAUCCCACAUCUCUGCUCCCUUUUUUCUCAAAGCUUCUGGAAAUACUUGUCUUUACCCAUAUGUCUCACUUCCUUAAUUCCAACUCUCUCCUUGACCCUCUUCAAUCUGGCUUCUGCCCUCUCCACUCUACUGAGACUGCUCUUAUCAAAGUUACUAAAGACUUAAUUGCAGCUAAAUCCAAAGUCCACUACUCCAUACUAAUUCUUCUUGACCUCUUUGCUGCCUGACACCGUUGAUCAUGCUCUCCUUCUUCAAACUCUUCAAUCACUCGAUCUCUGUGACUCUGCCCUCUCGUGGUUUUCCUCGUAUCUCUCCCAACGCUCAUUCAGUGUCUCCUUUUCUAAAGAUACCUCCUCCCCUCGUCCUGUCUCGGUUGGAGUCCCCCAAGGCUCUGUCCUUGGUCGGCUUCUAUUUUCUCUUUAUACUGCCUCUCUUGGCAAAAUUAUUACCUCAUUUGGAUUCCACUACCACCUGUAUGCUGAUGACACCCAGAUAUAUCUCUCCUCCCCAGACCUAUCCCUUGCCGAUCUGCAAUGUGUCACUGCUUGCCUUUCUUCCAUCUCUGACUGGAUGUCCUUCCACUUUCUGAAACUCAAUCUUGCUAAAACUGAGCUCAUUGUCUUUCCUCCUCCUAAUACUGAUCCUCCUCUUUUGCUCUGCCUUCAAGUUAGUGGCAUUCACAUAGGUCCAUCCUUGCAAGCGUGCUGUCUUUUCAUCAUACUUGAUUCUGGCCUCACCUCUGAGCCUCACAUCCAGUAUUUUGCCAAAUCCUGUAGAUUCCAUCUUAAAAACAUAGCCUGCAUCCGCCCCUUUCUUACGCAAGAUGUUACCAAGGAUUAUUGUAACCCUCUCCUAAUUGGUCUUCCCAAAAGCCGUAUUGCCCCGCUACAGUCUGUAAUGAAUGCUGCCGCCAGACUGAUUUUCCUCCCUAGUCGGUCCUCUCACACCUCACCCCUCUGUCAGUCCUUACAUUGGCUUUCUGUAUCCUUUAGGAGUCAAUUCAAAGUGCUAAUCCAUACCUAUAAAGCACUAAACAAUACUAGCCCCUCUUAUAUCUCAUCACAGAUCUAUAGGUAUGCCCCUUCCCUAUCUAGUCACUGGAACAACUACAGCUUAUUGUAUUCGUUCUGGUAGAAUCAUUCCCUUCAGGCUUUUUUCAGUAAACACUGUUUUUUCAGAAGACAACCUAGUGAUAACUCCACUGGCCAUUCCUAAGAUGGCUACUAGAGGUGCUUCCUGGGGCAGCACUGCUCAGUGAACAGCACUGACAUUUAGUGUUUCCACCCUCUGUAUGGAGACACUGAACUUUCCUCAUAGAGAUGCACUGAUUCAAUGCAUCUCUAUGAGGAGAUGCUGAUUGGCCAGGGUUGUGUUUGUCUUGUGCUGGCUCUGCCCCUGAUCUGCCUCCUUGACAGUCUCAGCCAAUCCUGUGGGAAAGCAUUGUGAUUGCCUCACAGAAUCACUUCUGAUGAUGUCAGCUGUAAGCAGGCAGAUCAGGGGCAGAGCUAGCAGCUGCAGACUUGAAUACAAGUAAUAUUUUAGGGAGGCAAGGCUGGGCCAGAGGGGCUAGAUGGUGGUUUUAACACUAUAGAGUCAGGAAUGCAUGUUUGUGUUCCUGACCCUAUAAUGUUCCUUUAAGGUCAAAAUAGCCGACCUGAACAAAUUCUUUUAGUCAGCUAUGAUUCUAGUUUGGAUACUUUGGCUUAAAAUUCACUUUGAAUUCCCACUUUAGUAAAUAACCCUGUCAAUGUUGUUGUUGGUGCAAAGGAAUGUUAGGUACCACUACCAGUGGUCUAAUAUUAAUUCAUGCACGCUUUUUUGAAAACAUUUUUUAUUGUAUGUAUUAAUUGAUGAUAGAAAGCAAUCUUUCAGCAAUCUGAAUUAUUUUGUUCAAGCUUGUUAAUUACCAAUUUUAUAUUAUAAGUACAUUAGGCCUCUAAUGAGUAUCCCAUUUGGUAAUUUUCAUAAAUAUGUGUUUAUUAAAAAAUAAACAUUUCUUGGUUGCAGCUUGAAGGACCCACAGACCACAGCCAUUUUGACAACUAUCCACCAGAUAACGAUAUGCCUCCAGAUGAGAUUUCCGGCUGGGAUCAAGAUUUCUAAAAUACUCUUCCUCUAUUUUUAUUCUUUUUAUACCACACAUUUUUCUAUGAAGGACAACUUAAAUGAAAAUGAAUAGAAAACCGUAUAUAGUUUCAUAUUGGAUUUUUUUUUGUAAUAUGUAAAUCUGUUGAAAACAAGGAUUUAACCUUCCUUAGCCUUUUUUCUCCUUUGAAUUAUGCAAUUCUUACUUAAUAUACUUCUAUAUAUGUGCUCCAGUAAAUGUGAGAGGGGGCUCUUGAAAAAUGAUCCGCUGUCCUUAUAAUACAAAUUUAGAGUGACUGAUGUAAUUCAGGUGGCACAGCAUUGUGCAGUUUAUUCAGAAAACAAGUUGUUUAGGCUUAUGGAACUCAAGCUCGAGUAGUGUAUCUGGAGUGAACGCAAUUCAGGCCACGGUCAGAGCAAUGGCAAUUUUGCUGUUUGUACAUAGUCAUUAUUUUAUUUAGUGAUCAGUCAACAUUGGCUUAUAAAUUAGUGCUGAAAAGACCUUAUAUUUAACUGUAAGUUUUAGGUUCUUACGUUUACCCCAUGACACAUAUUCACACAAUCGGACACUCACAACCAACACCUGUGUUCUUGUGCUCUUUACCUUCUUCGUACUGUACUUAGUGUGCAUUGUGAAUUAAGGUGGGAAUCACUGAAUUACAUAAUUAUACCAAUAAAAAAACAAAUUCAUCUUCAAAAAGAAAAGUGUAUAUAGUGUUGUGAAAUUACUGAAUAAUUUACUGUUGUGUGUAUUCAAUCAUGUAUUCAAGUGAAGAUGGACCCACCAAUGUUCUGAUUGAUAUACUGUUUAUGUAUAUAGUUGUGAAGUCCCUUUAUAUUUAAAUAAUAUAGUGCCGCCAAUUUCAAUGGUAGACUUUUUUUACUAGAACAUACAAUUAAUGCCUAGAUUUUACUGUAAGUACACUGUUACAGCUUUGUUAGCUGUAUCAGUAUUUCCAUUCCUGUAUUUGAAUUCUGAAUAUCAU